GAGGGUGGGAGGGAGGAGGAAAAAUAAAGAGGAGAGCGGAGCAGGGCUGAACAAUAGAGACAGGCAGACGGGCGAGGAGGAGAGCCAGCUGCCGCUGCUGGGGGAGAGCGGGCGCCCAGGCAGCCCGGACCCCGGCCCCGGCCCGGCCCCGGCCAGACAGCAGGCGGCCAGCGCCCGCGGGGAAGGGGUACCAUGGGGGAGCCGGCGGCAGGCGCCCCCAGCCCGCCGCGCGCCUCCGCCUGAGGGAGGCUGGGCGUCCUCUGUCCCAGCCCCGCCGCCCCAGCCGCCCGAGCCGCCCGAGCCGCCCGAGCCGCCCGCCCUCGAAGCCGCGAGUCCGCUCGGUCUGCGGCCGCUGCGCCCCGCGCCCUCCGCCCAGCGGGCGCCCAGCAGCCCUCGGCCCCGGGCUCGGCCGGCCCCGGCUGCCCGCGGACGCCUCCCUCAGUCAUGAACCCCCCGGAGGGGGCAGCGGAGGAAGGAGGAGCCGCCGACUCGGACGUGGACGCCUUUUUCCGGACAGGGUCUUUUCGGAAUGAUGGUUUGAAAGCUUCUGAUGUCCUUCCCAUCCUAAAGGAAAAAGUGGCCUUCGUGUCUGGGGGCCGUGAUAAGCGAGGCGGACCCAUCCUGACUUUUCCAGCUCGGAGCAAUCAUGACAGAAUAAGACAGGAAGACCUGCGGAAACUCGUGACCUAUUUGGCCAGUGUGCCAAGUGAGGACGUGUGCAAACGUGGCUUCACCGUCAUCAUCGACAUGCGGGGCUCCAAGUGGGACCUCAUCAAGCCCCUCCUCAAGACGCUGCAGGAAGCCUUUCCAGCCGAGAUCCAUGUGGCCCUCAUCAUCAAACCCGACAACUUCUGGCAGAAGCAGAAGACCAACUUUGGCAGCUCCAAAUUCAUCUUCGAGACAAGCAUGGUGUCCGUGGAGGGCCUCACGAAGCUGGUGGACCCCUCCCAGCUGACCGAGGAGUUCGAUGGCUCCCUGGACUACAACCACGAGGAGUGGAUCGAGCUGCGGCUCUCCCUGGAGGAGUUCUUCAACAGUGCUGUGCACCUGCUGUCCCGCCUCGAGGACCUGCAGGAGAUGCUGGCCCGGAAGGAGUUCCCUGUGGACGUGGAAGGCUCCCGGCGGCUCAUCGACGAGCACACACAGCUCAAGAAGAAGGUGCUGAAGGCCCCCGUGGAGGAGCUGGACCGGGAGGGGCAGCGGCUGCUGCAGUGUAUCCGCUGCAGCGACGGGUUCUCGGGGCGCAACUGCAUCCCGGGCAGCGCCGACUUCCAGAGCCUGGUGCCCAAGAUCACCAGCCUCCUGGACAAGCUGCACUCCACCCGGCAGCAUCUGCACCAGAUGUGGCACGUGCGCAAGCUCAAGCUGGACCAGUGCUUCCAGCUGCGGCUUUUCGAGCAGGAUGCCGAGAAGAUGUUUGACUGGAUAAGCCACAACAAGGAGUUAUUCCUCCAGAGCCACACGGAGAUUGGCGUGAGCUACCAGCAUGCCCUAGACCUCCAGACGCAGCACAAUCACUUCGCCAUGAACUCCAUGAAUGCCUAUGUCAACAUCAACCGCAUCAUGUCCGUGGCUUCCCGCCUCUCCGAGGCCGGUCAUUAUGCCUCGCAGCAAAUCAAGCAGAUUUCCACACAGCUGGACCAGGAGUGGAAGAGCUUCGCGGCUGCCCUGGAUGAACGCAGCACCAUCCUGGCCAUGUCUGCGGUGUUCCACCAGAAGGCUGAGCAGUUCCUGUCGGGAGUGGAUGCCUGGUGCAAGAUGUGCAGCGAGGGGGGCCUGCCCUCCGAGAUGCAGGACCUGGAGCUGGCCAUCCACCACCACCAGUCCUUGUAUGAGCAGGUGACGCAGGCCUACACAGAGGUCAGCCAGGAUGGCAAAGCACUGCUGGAUGUGCUGCAGCGGCCCCUGAGCCCUGGGAACGCGGAGUCCCUCACGGCCACGGCCAACUACUCCAAGGCGGUGCACCAGGUGCUGGAUGUGGUGCACGAGGUGCUGCACCACCAGCGGCGGCUCGAGAGCAUCUGGCAGCACCGCAAGGUGCGGCUCCACCAGCGGCUGCAGCUCUGUGUCUUCCAGCAGGACGUGCAGCAGGUGUUGGACUGGAUUGAAAACCAUGGUGAGGCCUUUCUCAGCAAACACACCGGGGUUGGGAAGUCGCUGCAUCGAGCCCGGGCCCUGCAGAAGAGGCACGAUGACUUUGAAGAGGUGGCUCAGAAUACCUACACCAAUGCGGACAAGCUCCUAGAAGCUGCAGAGCAGCUGGCUCAGACCGGGGAAUGUGACCCCGAGGAGAUCUACAAGGCAGCACGACACCUGGAGGUACGCAUCCAGGACUUUGUGCGCAGGGUGGAACAGCGGAAGCUUCUCCUGGACAUGUCUGUCUCCUUCCACACACACACCAAAGAGCUGUGGACAUGGAUGGAAGACCUUCAGAAGGAGAUGCUGGAGGAUGUUUGUGCGGACUCAGUGGAUGCGGUCCAGGAACUGAUCAAGCAGUUCCAGCAGCAGCAGACCGCCACUCUGGAUGCCACGCUCAAUGUCAUCAAGGAAGGCGAAGACCUUAUCCAGCAGCUCAGGUCAGCGCCUCCCUCCCUGGGGGAGCCCAGCGAGGCCAGGGACUCGGCUGUGUCCAACAACAAGACACCCCACAGCAGCUCCAUCAGCCACAUCGAGUCAGUCCUGCAGCAGCUGGACGAUGCCCAGGUGCAGAUGGAGGAGCUGUUCCACGAGCGGAAGAUCAAGCUGGACAUCUUCCUGCAGCUGCGCAUCUUCGAGCAGUAUACCAUUGAGGUGACGGCAGAGCUGGACGCCUGGAAUGAGGACUUGCUCCGGCAGAUGAAUGACUUCAACACGGAGGAUCUGACCCUGGCCGAGCAGCGGCUGCAGCGCCACACGGAACGGAAGCUAGCCAUGAACAACAUGACGUUCGAGGUCAUCCAGCAGGGCCAGGAUCUGCACCAGUACAUCAUGGAGGUCCAGGCCUCAGGAAUUGAGUUAAUCUGUGAGAAAGACAUUGAUCUGGCAGCCCAGGUACAAGAGCUACUAGAGUUUCUCCAUGAGAAGCAACACGAAUUGGAGCUCAACGCAGAGCAGACCCAUAAGCGGCUGGAGCAGUGCCUCCAACUGCGGCACCUACAGGCCGAGGUCAAACAGGUCCUGGGAUGGAUCCGCAAUGGGGAGUCAAUGCUCAACGCCAGCCUCGUCAAUGCCAGCUCUUUGUCUGAAGCAGAACAGCUACAGCGGGAACACGAGCAGUUCCAACUGGCAAUCGAGUCCCUCUUUCAUGCCACUUCCUUGCAGAAGACGCACCAGAGUGCCCUGCAGGUACAGCAGAAAGCUGAGGCACUGCUCCAGGCCGGCCACUAUGACGCCGACGCCAUCCGGGAAUGUGCCGAGAAGGUGGCCCUCCACUGGCAGCAGCUCAUGCUGAAGAUGGAAGACCGGCUAAAACUAGUCAAUGCCUCUGUGGCAUUUUAUAAAACUUCUGAACAGGUCUGUAGUGUCCUGGAGAGUUUAGAGCAAGAAUACCGGAGAGACGAGGACUGGUGUGGCGGACGAGAUAAACUGGGGCCAGCAGCCGAGAUCGACCAUGUCAUCCCACUCAUCAGCAAACAUUUGGAACAAAAGGAGGCCUUUCUUAAGGCCUGUACCCUGGCACGGCGGAACGCGGAGGUGUUCCUCAAGUACAUCCACAGGAACAACGUUAGCAUGCCCAGUGCCGCCGGCCACACCCGGGGACCUGAGCAGCAGGUGAAAGCCAUCCUGAGCGAGCUCUUACAGAGGGAGAACCGCGUCCUGCACUUCUGGACCUUGAAGAAGCGGCGGUUAGACCAGUGCCAGCAAUAUGUGGUGUUUGAGCGCAGCGCGAAGCAGGCGCUGGACUGGAUCCAAGAAACAGGUGAAUAUUACCUGUCAACACAUACCUCCACUGGAGAGACCACAGAGGAGACUCAGGAACUGCUGAAGGAAUAUGGGGAAUUCAGGGUGCCUGCCAAGCAAACAAAGGAGAAGGUGAAGCUUCUGAUUCAACUGGCCGAUAGCUUUGUGGAAAAAGGCCACAUUCAUGCCACGGAGAUCAGAAAAUGGGUGACCACGGUGGACAAGCAUUACAGAGACUUCUCCUUGAGGAUGGGAAAGUACCGGUACUCCCUGGAAAAAGCGCUAGGCGUCAACACAGAGGACAAUAAGGACCUGGAGCUGGACAUCAUCCCAGCAAGCCUUUCAGAUCGUGAGGUCAAGCUACGGGACGCCAACCACGAAGUCAAUGAAGAGAAGCGGAAGUCAGCCCGGAAGAAAGAAUUCAUUAUGGCUGAAUUGCUGCAGACGGAGAAGGCUUAUGUAAGGGACUUACAUGAGUGCUUAGAGACAUACCUGUGGGAAAUGACCAGCGGCGUGGAGGAGAUCCCCCCUGGGAUCCUUAAUAAAGAGCACAUCAUCUUUGGCAACAUCCAGGAGAUCUACGAUUUUCAUAACAACAUCUUCCUCAAAGAGUUGGAGAAGUAUGAGCAGCUGCCUGAAGAUGUGGGACACUGCUUUGUUACCUGGGCAGACAAAUUUCAGAUGUACGUCACCUACUGUAAAAACAAGCCUGAUUCCAAUCAGCUGAUCCUGGAGCAUGCAGGCACCUUCUUUGAUGAAAUACAGCAGCGGCACGGUCUGGCCAACUCCAUCUCUUCCUACCUAAUCAAACCCGUCCAGAGGAUCACCAAGUACCAACUGCUCCUGAAGGAACUUUUAACUUGCUGUGAAGAAGGGAAGGGGGAGCUCAAGGAUGGCCUGGAGGUGAUGCUCAGUGUCCCAAAGAAAGCCAAUGAUGCCAUGCAUGUCAGCAUGCUGGAAGGGUUCGACGAGAACCUGGAUGUGCAGGGAGAGCUGAUUCUCCAGGAUGCCUUCCAAGUGUGGGACCCAAAGUCGCUGAUCCGGAAGGGGCGGGAGCGGCACCUGUUCCUCUUUGAGAUCUCCUUGGUUUUUAGCAAGGAGAUCAAAGACUCUUCAGGACACACGAAAUAUGUUUACAAGAACAAGCUACUGACCUCAGAGCUGGGUGUGACCGAGCACGUAGAAGGUGAUCCCUGCAAAUUCGCCUUGUGGUCUGGGCGCACCCCCUCCUCAGACAAUAAAACAGUGCUGAAAGCCUCCAACAUAGAAACCAAGCAAGAGUGGAUCAAGAACAUUCGAGAGGUGAUUCAAGAAAGGAUCAUUCACCUGAAAGGAGCUUUAAAGGAGCCAAUUCAGCUCCCCAAAACACCAGCCAAACAGAGGAACAAUAGUAAGAGGGAUGGAGUGGAGGAUGUUGACAGCCAAGGGGAUGGGAGCAGCCAGCCAGACACCAUCUCCAUCGCCUCCAGGACCUCUCAGAAUACAGUGGACAGUGACAAGGAUGGCAACCUUGCUCCUCGGUGGCACCUGGGACCUGGAGAUCCUUUCUCCACUUACGUUUAGCGCGCAGCCUGGGACUUGUCCCUGCAGCUCACCGGGUUAGCCGUGCCGCCGUUGGGACCUCCCACCUGGACUCCCAUCACCCACCUCUCUUGAGACUGCUCUGGCAGGGCUGGUGUGGGGUACAGCCUUUGCUCAGAGAGCAACAUGUUCCAAGCAAAAUCUGCCCACCUGGGCCAUGGGCUUGCCCCUCGGGCUCCCUGCUUCUCUACUGGGUGCGAUUCGAGGUUGCUGAGCUUCCCUCCAAAGUUGAAAAUGGUGGGACAGUAGGGACCUGUGAGAGGCCCCAUGACCCAAGCUACUUCCCGUGGCUCCCAAUCCAAACACCAGGCACCCCAGGCCCUCACUGCCCUUGGGGUCUGCAGUGUGAGUGGGCACAUUCAUCAGAGGGACAUACUUAUCUCUGGAGUUUUUCUCCAGAUUGAAUAUCUCUGUUGUCAGUGGCCCCCAAUCUAGAAAACCCAUUGCUCUAAUCUAGCCUACCUCCCCCACAUCCUGAGAAAGAGGGAGGAGGAACAAGGGAUAGUUUCUGGUAGAGAAGAGGAUGGUUAACUCUAGCUGUUCCCAAACAUUGGCCCAACCACAUCCCCAACAAAUGUUCUAUCUGCGUCAGCCUGCCCAGGUUUUGUCAGAAUUUUCCAGCUCCUCUAACCUCACUCACCCCUGAGGUCUCUGGUUCAAAGACCACCCUCCUAGCUUUCGUGUGCUUCGAGAUUACCCUGUUGGUGGUGGGUGGGAAGUGGGAAAAGAAAUAAAGGAAACAAACUGGCUCCAUGUUGGUUAACUGUUGAGACUAGAAGGUCGGGGACGUGGCCAUUCAUUAUACCAUUCUCUCCACUUUUGUAUGUGUUUGCAAUUUUUCAUAAUAAAAAGUUAAAAGUUUAAAAAGUCCUCCAGCUUCCAAGACACUCAAGAGAGCCCCAACCCCUAACAGAGUUUCUGGAAACCCCACACCAAGUCAAGAGGCAAAGAUGAUUCCAUUACAUAUAUAUAUAUAUGUAUAUAUAUACACUCAUUUUCUAAUUUUUUAAGGCCCACUGCUUUAUUUUCAGUAGACUAAACCUUAUUUCUAAAAGGUCCCGAUGUUGGGCUCACUUCCCCCAGCUGGGUUAUGGGGGAGGACUGGGUAAAGGGGUCCUUAAGAUCCUGAAAGUUUACAUUUCCAUGUACCUCACAGUCUUGUGAGGAUGGGACUUGUUCAGUGUUCUGAACUUUGUGGAGGAAACACGCUCUCAAUUCACAGUGUCAUUCCCUGGAAUUGCACCUGGCUCAGGAAAGGACUGUCUUUGUACUUGAAUUUAAAUCCAAUGGAGAACCUUAACAUGGGCAUUUGCAUGACUGAGAAUUGCUGCUGUCUUUUUUCCGUAUGUCACUUUCUUGAAUGUGUUCUAAUAAAAUGAUUCUAAAGCAGGCUGUGAUAUACAGUGAUUUAUAAAUACUUUCUGUUGAGCGCUGAGGCCCUUAAUUUCCUACCAAGAAUCCACCCCAUUCCACUUUCUGGAAAGAUCUGUCUAGCUGGGGACAGACGCAGGAGCGCACGUAUGGCAUGCCGUGAUGGCGGCACGUCUGCAAUUGCGGUCAUUAAUAAGAAUCAUGUCAACCACAGGAAUUUUGUGUUCUGGUUGCCUAGCAGCAGAAUUUGUUUUCCAGAAUAAAGAUGGCCAUAUGUAGUGGCAGAGUGCAGGGGUGAAGCGGGGGCGGCGAGUGGAGGAGGCAGGGCAGGAGCAGGAGUAUAAUUCACUCUACCAGGGAGGGAACAAGGUGGAAGGAGAGACAAAGGCAGCUGAAAAGAGAGACAAGCAAGGUUCAGUCAUGUUCUGUUCAGUGAUAACUCUCAGUACAUUCAAAAGAUAAUGAGUUGUUAAAUUUUAUUUACAAAAUUGCACCUUUUGCUCUCAUGACAUAGAAAGUUAGAAAUCUCAAAAUCUCAUUAAGCAAACUGGAAGGAAAAGAAGAAAAUACAGAUCUCCAAAGGUAGAUACUUUGAGAAACACUUUUUAUCUCAAUCUUUACCCCCCUCAGCCAGACAGGCCAGGGCACUGCCAUGAGCUGACAACCAACUGAGGCUGGUUCUCUAUUGAAGGAAGCAUUGUUAGAAACCUCCUAUCAGGCCAGGAGGGCAGAACCAGACAAGGAGGCCUCUGUUUGCUGAGCACCUUUCUCAUACAGGUGAUGGGAAGGCUCCUGAUAUACAUCAUCCCCUCUAAUCUUCACAGCCAUCCUGAGAGGCAGACAGUUCUGUUUUCAUUUUUCAGAUAAAGAGGCUAAAGCUAUGGGAAGUAAAUAACUUGUACAAAGUCAUAAAGCUGAAAGAUAGCAGAUCUGUGAUUCAAAUUUAGGUCUGUGAUCUCCAGGUCCAUGCUUUUGCAAACCACAGGGCUGAUGCUCCAGUGCCCAGCUUGGGCUCUCUCCUCUGCACUGCUAUGGUCUUCACCUUAAUGAAUUGGGCACCUUCUGUAUGCCCUGGGAGUGGGGGGGUGGGCAGAGCCAGUGUCCUGCUCUUCCUUGUGUGAUUGGAGGUCUCUUCCCAGUCCAGGUCUUUGUAGCCCACAUCCAUGUCCCUGUGACAUACUUGUGCAGAGCACAGGCUGAUGAGGCUGAGAUCACCAUCUGGCUUUCAUAGGGAUUGGCUCACUUAGCAAAUACCUGGUGCCUACAAGUGCUGAGCAUAUGAACUAGGUGGGCAAAUAUAGACUCACCCUGUUCUCAUGGAGUUUGCCAGUAGAGUAUACCUACAUUAAUCAAGUAACACAUGAAUAGAUUUACAAUAACAACUGCUGAAAGGGGCCUUGAAGAUCACUGAGAUCAACAAAUGAAAUGAGACCCAGAAAUGCUAAGCAGUUUGCCCAAGACCACACAGCAAGUUAGGGGCAGAGGACUAGAACUCCUGGUUUUCAUUCUUAGACUGCUGUUUUCCCUGCCAUGUCACCCUCUAGUCUGUCACACACCCAUAGACUGCCCCUAGCCCCAAACAGCCAGAUAAACAUGUUGAUCAAUCAGUAUACUCUCCCCGUGCCUAGGAAAAACCAGAUAGCACAUUUUGUAAUGAUAAACAGUAUCGUGAACCAAAUCCCCAAGGCUGACAUAUACCCAAGCCUUGUUCGUAGACUUUUUUUCAGAGCCCAAAGCAGGAACAGAGAGGCAAGGCUCGCAUGCCAUAGCAACUGCCUAAUAAGGAUGUUUGCAGGUGUUUCAGUGUUUUGGUCUGACCCCAAUAUUUUCACAUCUCCCAGGUUCAGCAGCUAUUCAUUCACCCAUUAAUUCAACAAAUAUUUACUGAGUGCCCUCUAGUACUGCUAGGCAUAGUUCUCAGAGCUGGGGGCACAACACUGAACAAAAUGGACUGUCCUUAUAGAGCAUAGCUAUAUUCUAGCCCAGGGAGACAGUCAAUAAACAAAAUAGAAAGCAAGUAAUACAGCAUAUUAGAAGGUGAUAAGUGCUACAAAGAAAAGUAAAUCAGGAAAGGGGGUAGGGAGUCUCCAAGGUGGGGAUGAAUUGUUAGGGUGGUUGGGAAAGGGACCUACCUGAAAAAAUGAUGUUCCAGAUCAUCAUUUUACACACGUACACACACACACUCACACACACACACAGCUAUGCAGUGUGAUGUGAAGAGUCCUGUAACCCUUCCCCUGCCUCCCUCAGAAAAGUAAAAGUUUGUCAUUGGCAUGUCCCAGAGCACGAUUCCUAGCUUGCUUUUUUUCUCCUUUGGCCAUACUAGGGGUCCUUAAAUCUGAGUGUUUAUCAGACUCAUCUGGAGGACUUGUUAAAACAGAUUGCUGGGCCCCACUCCCAGAGUUUGUGAAUCAGUACAUGGGGGUAGAUCCAAGAAUUUGCAUUUCUAACAAACUCCCAAGAAGUGCUGAUGCUACACACCCAGGGACCACACCUUGAGAGCCACCAGGUUAAUCUAUUAUAGCUGCAAGGUCCCUGUUAAAAUGAAACUAUUACCCAAAAAAGGAUGCGUCCGUUCACUAGGGUGCAUGGAUGUUAUCGAAGUAGCUAUCCUUGAAGAGCAGGGCCCUCAAGAAAGGGGACUACUUUUCAUUGGGGAAAGUUUCAGAAACCACAGCCCAAGACCCUAAGCAUUGAGGAGUUAGGGCAAGGGACAGUUCCUUAAAAAGUGGCAACAACAAUAUUUCAUUGCCUAUCAGUGCUUUGCAUUUUCUUAGCAUUUAAUACAUUUACAAGUCCUUUAGCCCACUGUUCUCUUUUGGCACAGUUAGCUUGUUAGGUCAUUAUUACAUUUAUGGAUAAGAAAAUUGAGACACAAAGAGAUUAUAUGGCCUCCCUUGGGCAUCAAGGAACCCCAGUGGCCUUAUACCUCAUCCAGUGUUCUUUCUCCUUUAACACUCUUCAUAACGCUAGCUACAGCUUUCUCCUGGGGCCUCCACCUCUGGGUCAUUGAAAUCCAGGACAUAGAGUCACUCUUUGCCUUUUGCUCUGUUUAAAAUCCCACUUGCUGCAAGUAGAUUAUCCACAUGGGCGAUUAACUGUGGCAAAUACUAAGCCCUGCGAGAGUUUCCUCUGCCAUAAACACAUCUCUUCUCUUCUACUACCAGAUAUUAUACAGAGAAAAUGCUAACUCAUUUAAUAUUAGCCUAAGCUAGAACUAAUCAUUAUGAAAGCAAACCUGCUGGGGGAAAAGCACACAUCAUACUUCCAAAGGCAAAUAGAAAUGGCAUUUUGAUUGUAUGUACCAUUGCUUCCAUUCCAUUAGCAGAGAUAAUUGAAAGUUUUCUGUAUCACUAAAGCACACAGCAGAAUGAGAGUGGGUUUUGUUAAAUCUGAUGGCUGGUGAAUCACAUUCUUAGGUAUUUAAAUAUAAAAAAAAAUCAUGGGCAUGGGGCAUGAAAGAUAAAAAUUCUCCCUUCCAGUACAUGUUCUUCUGGUUAUUUUCUCCAGUCCUGCACUGAUUCCUCACAGUGAGAGAGUGAGCUGUCCCACUGAAUCUCACAGACAGUGCUCCAUGGGUUACAAGGAGGUGUCUCUCUUCAGCUUCCAUACUGUUUUUGACCAUGCAGGAGCCCAAGGUUUAAAAAAUUUUAUUUCUAAAACUGCCCUCAUCUGUCUCUCAAUCCAUUGAUAUUCUGACAUCUUCCUUCAGUUACUGCCAUUGGGACCACUCAUCUAUUCUAUAAGCAUUUAUUAAGCACUUACUAUGUACCAGACUCUGUAAGCACCACUGAGCAGGCUACAAAACUGAGUUAGAAAUAAUCCUAUCCUCAAAGAACAUGGCAUAUAAUAGAAUCACUCUGUAAAUUAUAUAAAAUAAUUAACAUUCGUGUAUAUUCUAGAUGCAGAUUAUAAACCAUGUGAGCUUCUCCCAUUUCAUUCUCUACUCACUGUAUACUCAGUUAAAGCCAACUGAUGAGUUAUUUUAGCUUCAACAUAAAAUAGGCAUCAUUGGCAAAGAAGAUGUACCUGGGAAGGAGAAGAGUGGGGUAUGGAAUGAGCACUGCUCCCUCUUCUGAGCACACGUGGAGAUAUGCAUAAGCAGCCCAAGAACAUGGUAACGGGCAGCAGUAUAAGAUCUAAACUCUGCUGUCGAUUUCCACUAGUGGACUGUCACAAAUUGAAUAUAUGAGGGUCAUAAAGCUUGCAUGAUUAGGAAUUCCAUAUCGAUGCAAGAUCCAGUGUGGAGGUGUUUUUUCUGAGUUUUAGACUCCAAAGUAUGCUAUAAAAAUGACUAUUCCUUAAAAAAAAGUUCAUGCCCACUGUGACACACGUUCAUGCCCACUGUGACACACAGACUGAGCAUGUAAGAAAAUAGGUGGGUUUGCGGGGGAUAGGGUGGGAGGCAGAGGAUUCAAUUAGUUGAGUCAGAGAGAAUCUGUGAGACAGAGAUGCAGACCAUAAUCAGACAAUGUGUGUGUAUGCGCAUGUGUGUGUGCAUAUGUAUAUACAAAUAUAUAUGCAUAGAAAGGUGUUGGAAGCCAGUAAAGAGGAUUUUGUGAGGAUGUGAGCCCUUUAAAUAAAUUCUAAAUUCAUAAUCCAAAAAGGAAGACAAGUUUAGAAAACCAGAAGUGCAGCGAAAGAGAAGGAUAAGAUUGUAGUUCUGCUGACCAAGUAACUCCAGGAAUACCACUAACACACCUUCUCCCUAUAUAUUGGGCCACUUGAAUGUGCCGCACCUUUCACUCCCUCAGCACCUUCAAGUAGCUGCUCAGGCUCUGCUCCCAUUCUGCUUUAGGUUGGUCUUUGUGAAUAGUGGAAUCCCAAGAGAGAGGGGGUUCAGGGCAGAUAGGCUGCUGGAUCUCAGAUCUGUCUUAUGAACUUCUGUCAGCUCUGCAAGCAUCUCCUGGCCCUAGAGGGCAUUUUCACACCCCAGGUGCUAUAUCCAGUCUUAACAGCGACCAUCCAGGGUGCUAGUGGCCUGAUAAUGGAGCCAGGCCGACUGUGGGUGGGUGUGGUCAUGGAUAGUGAUAGCCACAGGGAGAAUUUAGAGGAUUCAGAAAUAGGAGUGAUGGGGGGAAGGGGGUGUCUCUAUGUAUCUGCCUUUGAGUUUCUGGGAUGGUGGAAUAAGGAGUGUCAUUCAAUUUGUAAGGAUGUCCAGGGAUUCUGUUGCCUUCAGUGGUGACCUUUUAACCAGCCUUACACCCAAGCAUAGCCUGGAGUUUUUAGAUUUGUCCGUGCCGAGUUUUACUGAGUUGUUGUUAUGGCACCCAUCAGGGUAAAAGGAAGUACCAGGGUGGGAGCGGGGACUGAAAUACAGGUGAUGUAAAAGCAGGAUUUAGAUUUCAUUGGUGUGGCACUCUUACUCAGAGAGUGACCCAGAACUGUGGCACUCCAAGUAUUGCUCUGGUGUUGCAUGGAUUCAUGAGGACCUUGCAUGGGUAUCUUGGCCCUGGGAAGAGCAAGUCACUAAUAAAACUGAUUUACACAGUUCGGUUCCUCCAAGGCCAGCUGGAAGCUAGUGAUGGAAAUAGGAGGCUUUGUACUUUCCAGACUCUUCCUACAUUCUCAUUUGAUGUUGAAGAUUCUACAUGUUGCUUUAUUUUUUGGUGUUUCUGGGACUGUCCAGCCAACAAAUUUGUUGGAGAGCCAUAGAUGUAGACCUCCAAGCCAAGCCACCACAAAUAAUGUAAGUACUCUCUGUCCACUCUGCAAGGCCACAUGGGCAGGCUUAGAGAUGGAAUAGGUCAUUAAAGAGGGAGGCCCUUUGCAGGGCACAACUGAUUGGUUAGCGUUACAGAAUAUAAGUGGUGACAUUCCAGCUUCAUGGCACAGUGCAAGAUUGCUGAUAGGGCCAGACAGGCGCAUGGCCUUCUAGGAGAGGCCAUGAACCAGCAUUCCUAGCUUCUGAGGAAUGAAUGAUGCAGAAAUUAAAGUGAGAAGGUAAUUAGCCCAAUGAGUCUGAUGGUGUUAUAAAGAUGAUUGCUUAGACCAUCCCACAGGCCUAUUUCCUGUUAUUAUGGCCUCAAAAUUGGUUAUAGUACUCAGAAAUCUGGCUGUCUUCUCCUGGAUUAAACGCCUUAUAAAAGAAUGAAUAUGUGAGCAGAGGUGGAGGACGUAGAGGAUUGAGUUGGGAUAGUAUCAAUAGUUACAUUGGACAUACUGGUUGCUUUGGCAAAUGUUUGACAUGGAGGAGGGGUGUCAAGGAUUAUGCCUAAAGUAAUGUGAUGAUUCUGGAGGGUCCCCUUAACUAUCAGAGACUAUGGAAAAGGCUAAUACAUCCAAGGGUCAAUGAGGGGGUCAUUCAUCAAAAAAACAAGAAAAUGGAUAUUGUCAAUAAUUAGUGACUCUCAAUAAAUACUUAGAUAUCCAUCACAUCAUUUAUUCAUUCAACAAUAUUUACUGAAUACCUACUAUGCCAAGCACUAUUUUAGACAACGACAACAACAAAACAGAGAAGAAUUCCUACCAUCAUGGAGCUGACAUUCUGGUGGGAAUACAGACAAAUAAAUAAGUAAAAUAUAUAAAGUGCCAGGUGAUGAUACAUGUCAUACAGAAAAAUACAGCAGCUUCAGAGGGAUGUAAGAAGUGCAGGGCAUGAGGGAAGAAGUGAGGGGAGGAUCUGAGUUCUGGUGACUGACAUAAACAGGGAUAUAAAGUAUAAUGAAAUUAGUCCAGAUGCUCCCAAGUCACAUAGUGGUGACGAGGCUGUGAGUGUUGGAGCAGGGGGUGGUGUUGAGGGUUCUAGUAGGAAUAUACACGAGGUUUUAGAAAUCUCUCUCCAUUACUUCCUAGUCAAACAUGACAUGGUGAGGAGUGGUCUUACCUAGGAACAGAUAGCCGCUCUCAGGUAAGGUGGCCUCUUCCCCAGCCUUCAUGCCUCCAUUGGAGCCAAGAGGAUGUCCAAGAGUGUGCCCUAGAAGUCAAGUGGGACCCCAGACUACUCCCCCAGUCUCCACCAGUCCAGGGGAGCCUUUCUGAUGUGGUAUUGGGCUUGGUUAGGGAACCUGGAUUCCAUUCAGACUGUUAAGGACCUCACCUGUAGUAUGACCGAACAUACUUUGAAGUUCUUAUAGUGAGAUCCUUGAAAAUAAAUCCAUGUAUGGUCUAAAUAUAAAAUGCAUCUAGGAACCAAGAUUUCACGGACAACAGUACACAUAAGUAUCUGGAAACUCAAAGGGGCAUUGCAGAUUCUGAGAUGUGUGGUACCGUAUUUUUGUCCUUAAUAGAUUCAAAAUAUGAAUUCCCUUUUGUUACCUCCCCCAAUUCCCAGUAGACUGCAGGGCCCCACAAGUCUAGCUUGAUAAAGGUUUAGCAGCAGCAGGAAGAAUAGUUUCUAACCAUGCCUGUUUAGGGACAAACCCCAGUCACCAGUACAAAGACAGAGAGAGUCCUGGCUCUCUCUAUCACAAACAGCACGGGGCCCCAGGAGAUCCAGUGAAGAGGCCUAGGAAUUCAUGCUAGAGUCUUGGGAUAGGAAUCUGUUUCUUGGGCUCAAGUAAUGGAUAUGUUCAACCUCGAUCUGAGUCUCUGACAGCAGGAAGAUGGCUCAGUUCCAGUUGUGGUGUAAAUGUAGCUUCUCCAUUUCCUCUCCCCAAACCCCACUGAGGACUCAUUAAACAUAGGCAGCAGACUUGGGGGUGAAGGAGAAGCUGGUUCUUUCCUCCCAGCUAUGAGUUUGCCCUCAAGAGACAAGUUUUGAAGUUGAAGCCAAAUAAGAGGGGAGCUCAGAGUACUAGCAUGAAUAUGCGAACGUGCACACACGUUCAUCAUGUGAUAGCUCCUAUCGAAUGCAAAGCCUUAUCUAGAGAGAUACACUGUACGACCAAGUCCAGAGAGUUGUCUGCCAGAGCUAUUUAUAAAAUUAGUCUCAAAUGGCAUUGGUUAGGCCCUCUGGAAAAGGACUGUGUGGAACAAGUUCACUGUAGCUCAGCUCUUGGUCCAGGAGCCAACUGGUGGCAAAUAAAAUGGCAAACAAAAUCACAUUCUCCAUGUGGCUAUGAGAAAUCAAAUGUGGCAUUUGGUUAUUUUCUACUUUCCCGGAGCAACAUGUGUUGCAUGUGUUGCGGGGGGCUUCUAACCAUACCUGGUAUGGAUCAACUGCUUUUUGGCCUAUUUUGAUGAAAAUGUAGUUGUGAACUAAAAUUAAAAGUAAAAAAAGAUGCAAAGACGUUUGAACUUCCAUGUAGAUGUAGGUCAUUAGCUGAACAAAGAAUCAGUGCAGUUCGAUAGGUUCCAUGUCGAAUCAUACUGGUAAUUGGAUUUGUCAUUGCUACAGGGUAAGUUCUGUGAGGGCAAGUACUCUUACCUGCUUUCUCACUGUUGUAUCUCUACUGCCUAUAUGAGUGCCAGACACAGAGUAAGCACUGCAAGUACAAUUGCAUAAUGGAGAGCAUUAGUGUGCAGAAAUACAGAGAGAAAUAUUCUACAUCUGUAAUCCACCCAGACUGGUAGGCAAAUACUUGCAUUGCACCACCAGGGAGUAGGAAGGAGUUCUACAGCAUAAUGUCAUACUUGGCAUAAACAAGGAGCAUGCUGCUUGAGUUCCAUCCAGACAAUGCAAGAGUAGAAGGUUUGGUGCAUGAUCGUAUAGACAAAGUUAAAAUCUAGGUUUGAAGGCCAGGAUUGGUAGAGAAAGCAAUAGAAAAUUUAGCAAAGAAACUGCAAGGUCAUAAUCAAAGGAACAAAGGGAAACCCAGGUGCACAGCCAGGUGUGGGAAACUUCCAUGAGGUUGGUCGCUGACAAUUCAUAUGAUUCUGAUAAAUGCCAACUCCUUUCUCAACAGUUUUUAAUUGCAUUACCCACCCAUGAGUUUUUAGAUGUAUCACUUGACUUUUGGAGCUCUAUAGAGCAUUUUUAGUUAAGAAUGGCAAAUGGGAUGAUUAAAAAAGGAAAAACACCAAGAGCCAGGAGCAAUUGAGGAGACUAAACCCAACAGAACACAUGUCCAAGAAAAAUGAAACAGUUGCUCUGAGAAGUCAAUGUGAAAAAUGUCAGUAAAAAUGGCAGUAGAGAUACAACAGUGAGAAAGCAGGUAAGAGUACUUGCCCUCACAGAACUUACCCUGUAGCAAUGACAAAUCCAAUUACCAGUAUGAUUCGACAUGGAACCUAUUGAACUACACUGAUUCUUUGUUCAGCUAAUGACCUACAUCUACAUGGAAGUUCAGUUCUUCACUGAGUUGGUCACCAAUGAGGACUAAAGUUCUAAAAAUAGGGCUGAAGGGUUCUUGAUAAAGUUCUAAAAAUAGGGUUCUCCUCUCUGCUCUGCCCCACCCCCCAUGCCCAUGACUCUUAUUAAGCAUUCCUAAAACUCCAGGAAAUGAAAAUGUGAGAAUUGAUGCAUCUGUUGUGAGUCAGCCCAAGAGAUGGUCAACAGUGGGAUGUGAUGCCAAUUCCCUCAUCAAGUGAAGUCGGCCUUCAGCUUGAUUUUAUUGAUUUUUAAGACUGUUUCAAAAGUACACACAAGGAGUAUAAAAUGUGGUCCUUAACUAGAAUAAUUAUAUAGUGCAAUUGUGUCAGAAAAUACAAAUACUCAACAAAAUUCACACUGUGUAUGAUGAAUACCUAUUGCAUUAGCCUGAGGGAUCCAAAAACUAGAAGGAUCUGUCCUCCCUCUAUAUCCUUAUUCAACACCAAGAAUGAGUCAUAGCAUAUAAUGGCAGUAAUCUUCAGGUUGUUUUAAAAAGCUAAUAAUAGAACUAAUAAUAAUCAUCAUGGUAGUAGUAGUAACAACAAUAAUAAAAGCCAGUAGGUCUGCACAAAUUGCAUUCAAUUUGUGUAUGUCCAUAUUUGUCUCAGAAUGGCCCCAUUGCAACUCUCUCUGUUCCUUAACUUUAUCUUUCCUACCAUUCUCUCAGUGUUCCUGGAGUCCUACCAAUAUCCAUUGCUAAGACAGUACCAUUUCUUGCUAACACUGUAUGUUCAGAAUGGGGUGGCAAGGGGGUCUGUCAUCAUAGAGGAAUUGGGCUCUGGCUGAUAGGCCAGCUUCUAAAGUUGCCAAUUACCAUCCCAGACAGAAAGAGAAUUCUUAAGGAUCUUAACCCACAACUAAAUGAUCCAGGGUGGAAAUGACUCAGCAUCAAUGGCCAGAAUUAGUCAUGUGGCCCUGCAAAACCAUCAGGAGCCAGGAAAAACAGCUGAGCUAUAUGUCCAGAAGGCAGAGGGCUAAAAAUAUUUGGAGAACAUCAGAAUGACUACAUUAUCAGUUAACAUCAAGUCAUAUUUGCAAAUAAUUUACAUUUUGGCUCUUAACUCAAUAUUUAGAUUUUGGCUCUAACUCAGAGUCUCAAAUUUUGGGUCUGCUCAGCAGAUGGGUGUGUGUAUGAGAGUGAGAGAGAGAGAGAAUUUCAAAUGUAUGCAGUCCUACCUUGAAGAUACUGCAGGUUUUCCAGACCACUGCAAAAUAAAGCAAAUAUGGCAAGAAAGCGAGUCAGAUGAACUUUUUUGUUUCCCAGUGCAUAUAAAAGUUGCGUUGACACUAUCCUGUAGUCUAUUAAGUGUGCGAAAGCAUUAUUUCUUAAAAACAUUGUAUAUAUCUUAGUUUAAAAAUACUUUAUUGUUAAAAAAUGGUAGCCAUAAUCAGAACUUUCAGCAAGCUGUAAUCUUUUUGCUGGUGAAGGGUCUCGCCUCGAUGUUGAUCAGGGUGGUGGUUGCUGAAGGUUGGGAGGCUGUGGCAAUUCUUAAAACAACAGUGAGGUAUGUGCACUGAUUAAGUCUUCCGUUCACAAACAAUUUCUCUGUAGCAUGCGACAUUGUUUGAUAGCAUUUUAUCCACAGUAGAGCUUCUUUCAAAAUGGGAGUCAAUCCUCUCAAACCCUGCCACUGCUUUAUCAGCUAAGCCUAGGUACUAUUCUGAAUCCUUUGCUGUCAUUUCAACAAUCUUCACAACAUCUUGAAGUAGUUUCCACCUCAAGAAACCGGCUUCUUUGCUCAUCCAUAAAAGCAACUCUUCAUCUCUUAAAAUUUUAUCAUGAGAUUGCAGCAGUUCAGUCCCAUCAUCAGGCUGUACUUCUAAUUCUAGUUCUCCUGUUAUUUCCACCACAUCUGCAGUUACUUCCUCCCCUGGAGUCUUGCACUUCACAAGUGCAAGAACCAACUUCUUCCAAACUCCUGUUAAUGUUGCUAUUUUGACCUCUUUCCAUGAGUCACAAAUGUUCUUAAUGGCAGCUAGAACGGUGAAUCCUUUCCAGAAGGUUUUCAGUGUACUUUGCCCAGAUCCAUCAGAGGAAUCACUAUCUACGGCAGUUAGAGUCUUACAAAAUGUAUUUCUUAAAUAAUAAGACUUGAAAGUUGAAAUUACUUCUUGAUUCAUGGGCUGCAGAAUGGAUGUUGUGUUAGCCGGUAUGAAAACAACAUUAAUCUUGUCCAUCUCCAUCAGAGCUCUUGGGUGACCAGGUGCAUUGUCAAUGAGCAGUAAUAUUUUGAAAGGAAUCUUUUUCUCUGAGUGUAUGUCUCAACAGGGGGAUUAAAAUUUUUGGUAAAUCAUGUUGUAAACAGAUGUGCUGUCAUCCAGGCUUUGUUGUUCCAUUCAUAGAGCACAGGCAGAGUAGAUUUAGCAUAAUUCUUAAGGGCCCUGGGAUUUUCAGAAUGGGAAAUGAGCACUGGCUUCAACUUCAAGUUACCAGCUGCAUUAGCCCCUAACAGGAGAGGCGGCCUGUCCUUUGAAGCUUUCAAGCCAGGCACUGACUUCUCCUCUCUAGCUAUGGCAUCUCUUCCAACAGAAGGUGGUUUUGUCUAUACUGAAAGCCUAUUGUCUAAUGUAGUCACCAUCAUGAAUUACGUAAGCUAGACUCUUGCUGCAGCUUCUCUAUCAGCACCUGCUGCUUCCCCUUGCCCUUUCAUGUUAGAGACAGUUUCUUUCCUUAAACCUCAUGAACCAACCUCUGCUAGCUUUCAGCUUUUCUUCUGCAAUUGCCUCACCUCUCUCAGCCUUCCUGGAAUUGAAGAGAGUUAGGGUCCUACUCCAGAUUAGGCUUUGGCUUAAGGAAAUGUUGUGUCUGGUUUGAUCUUCUAUCCAGACCACUGAAACUUUCUCCAAAUCAGCAAUAAGGCUGUUUUACUUUCUUAUCAUUUUUGUGUUCACCAGAAUAGCACUUUUAAUUUCCUUCAAGAACUCUUCUUUUGCAUUCACAACUUGGCUAACUGUUUGGUGCAAGAGGCCUAGUUUUGGCCUAUCUUGGCUUUUCAACAUGCCUUCUUCAGGAAGCUUAAUUAUUUCUAGCUUUUGAUUUAAAGUAAGAGAUAUACAGACUCUUUCUUUCACUUGAACACUUAGAAGCCUUUGUAGGGUUAUUAGUUGGCCCGACUUCAAUAUUGCUGUGUCUCAGGGAAUAGGGAGGCCCAAGGAGAAGGGGAGAUAUGGGGGGAUAGCCCAUCAACGGAGCAGUCAGAACACACCACAUUUACUAAUUAAGUUUGCUUAAUUUUACAUGGAUACAGUUCAUGGCAAACAAUUACCAUAGUAACAUCAAAGAUUGCUGAUCACAGAUCACCAUAACAAACAUAAUAAUAACGAAAAAGUUUGAAAUACUGUGAGAAUUACCAAAAUGUGACAUAGAAACACAAAGUAAGCAAAUGCUGUUGGAAAAUGGUACCAGUAGACUUGCUCAGUGUAGGGUUUCCACAAACUUUCAAUUUAUAAAAGCACAGUACAUGCAAAGCAGAAUAAAGCAAAGCAUGGUAAAACAAGUAUGCUUGUACAUUGAAAUAAUGUUACUCAUGUAAACUAAUUGUUUGUUGUCUGUUACUGCCACUGCCUAACUUCCACUAGGCUUUGUCCAUGACUAUCAGCCCCUAUAUGUAUUAAUGUUAAUGCAUAGUCAGAGUAUAGAGAUGAGAAGUCUUCUUGUUCUUCUUGAAACUUUUUCCAGACUUAGGGAACAAAUUUUUGAGGGUACAAUGUCCUGAUCAGUCUAGAGGGCCAUGAGCCCUUCUAUAUCUUAGGGCUUGAUUUAUUAUAUUAUAUAUUAGCCUGUAGAGUUCUCUAUUGGCAUCUGGCUUUGGAUUCUACACAGUAGGGUGUUACAAAGGAGGGAUGUGAAUUUAUUGAAUCCCCUAUGGAAGAGUCACUAACUAAUGUUUGAAAGGAUGUUCUACCCAAGUGUAAGGACAUGACAUAUGUGCCACAGUGCUCCUAUUAUAAGUUGUGUUAUAAGAUUGCAUGACUUUAUUCUAGAAAUCUUGUGGUCACCCCAACAUUAAGUAGUUUAUGGUAUCACUGGUAAGCCAGGACAAGCUCUACUAUAAACCACAUCCAAAUUGUCUGCAAACAUGGAGUAUUGGAUACAAGCAGACCUGGGCAAGAAAAUACAGUGCUGCUGUGAGAUGGAAAGAACCCUAGGUUGGAGUCAAGAAGUUUGGUUUGGGUCCUAAUUUUGCUGUUAAGCAGCUAUAUGAGCUUUGAAAAACAUUUUAGCCAAAUCAUCUAUCUUCUGAAAACUUCAGUUUUGUCAUUUGUAAAACUGGAAAAUAAUAGGAAGUUACCUCUAAAUUUCAUUCAUGCUUAAACAUUGUUUUUCUAUUACUGACUUAAUUAUUAACCAGAAGUCCAUGACUUUUAGUUAGAAAAAUCAACAAGCACACAUCCUAAGUAAUGUAGACUUGGGUAAAUGACAGUUAUAGAUAAAGGACAACCUAAUUUUAUAUAUAGUUGUCAUCUGCACUGAUAAAAGAGAUAUAGUACUAUAAAGCAAUAAUGUUUAAAAAAAUGUUUAGUUUUGAAAUAUAGGCAAAGAGGUUGUCAGAAAUUAACAUAUAUGCUCUGUUUUCUUAUUUAUUUAUCAAUUCAUUUCAAAAUACAUUGAUUUUCUACCAUGUAAACAGCUGAGCUAAAUGAGCAGAGAGGGGCGAGGAAAUUGAGGACAUUGGUAAGAGCAUUCCUGAAAUAAUGGAUCAUGAAAACCAAGCUGCAUGAGAAGGAAAGUGAUGAAGGAAGAGUAUUAAUGGAUUGGGAGAAAGUAGAGGUCUCCAUGAACUAGAGGUCCCAAUAGGGUUAAAGAAAAAUCAUAGUAAGAGUAAUUAAAUAAGCACGUUGGAAGGACAAUAAGUUGCAUUCAGGAAGGAAGAUGUGAGACUUCUGCUUCUGACCAAGAUAGAGAAGCAAGGACUAGAUAUACACUCUCUGCCCAAAACAACCAGAAAACCAGGUAAAAUAUAAGAAACAACAAUUUUCAAGACACUGGACAUCAGACAACAAAGAACAGAGUAAUCACUGAGAGAUAGGAAACAAACAGAGUGAGCCCUAUGAAUACCCUAGCUUGCUGCCUUGAGUUUCCAGGUUUAGUGCAGGGUGUCUCUUGAGUUAAAAGAUGGAGCUGAAAGUCCAGUGAGACCAAGGCAGCCAGACUUCAUGGAACAGAAGAAUGGAGAGAAGAAAGCUGCACAGAAAGAGAACUCUGGAGAUCUUCAGAGGGCCCCUCAAGUAUUCAUCAAAGUAUUGAUCAGCAUAUGAGGAAACUUCCCCAGGAUGGGGAAGAAUUACCUGAAAUAGAGUAAAGAGGUACCCAGUGCCCACAAAGGGCCUGGAAUAGUGCCUGUUCCCACCAGCCAGACUAGAACAUCUGAAAUUCACAGGGCAUCAGGUAGAGUACUGAGAAGGGUCUUACCUUCAUACUGAGAAAUAGUAAGCCCUCAACAAACUAGGCUCUGGUUCAGCCUAACAAGUCUUAAAAGGAUCAGUCUGUCAAAGUAACUUACCAGCAUGUCAGGACAAAGCUUAUGAAUAGGUAGGGAUAUAAAAUAGUAGGAAUACAAAAAUAUUGAGCAUCCAGUAAGGUAAAAUCCACAAUGUCUGGCAUCUAAUCCAAAAUUACCAGGCAUGCAAAGAAACAGGAAAAUAUGACCCAUAAUGGGGGGAAGGGGGAUUAAUUGAAACUUAGCCACAAUUGACACAGAUGUUCAAAUUAGCAGAGAUAGACCUAAAAACAGUUAUUAUUUAAAGUAUUCCAUACAUUCAAAUUAAGUAGAGACAUGGAAAACAUAAAGAAAAAUCCAUGUUUGAACUUCUAGGUGAAAACUACAGUGGCUGAGGUGAAAAAUAGCAGGAUGGGAUUAACAGUAGAUUAGACACCGCAGGAGAGAACUUAAGUGUACUUGAAAGCACAAUAAUAGAAACUAUCCAAAAUGAGACACAUGGAAAAAAAUAAUUUUUUAAAAAGAGCAAAGUGUCUCAUGGCUCAGUUGGUUAAAUGUCUGCCUUUAGCUCAGGUCCUGAUCUCAGGGCCCUGGGAUUGAGCUCCACGUUGGGCUCCCUGCUCAGUGGGGAGCCUGUUUCUCCCUCUCAUCCCUGGCUUAUGCUCUCUGUCACUCAAAUAAAUAAACAAAAUCAUUUUUAAAAAAGCAGCAAAGUAUAAGUGAACUGUGGAACAACUAAGCCCCCUAAUAUUCAUGUAAUUGGAGUUUCCCAUAGGGGAAGAGGGACAGAAAAAUAUUUAACAUAAUAAUGGCUGAAAAUUUUUCAAAUUUGACAAAGUCUAUAAACCAUAGAUCCAGGAAUCCCUAUAAACCUCAGGCACAAGAACUAUGAAGAAAACUAUACCAAGAUCUAUCAUAAUCAAAUUGCUCAAAACCAGUGAUAAAAGAGAAAAUCCUGAAAGCAACCAGAGAAAAACAAAUACACUAUAUACAGAGGCACAAGUAUGUGGAUGAGGCAUAUUUCUCAUUGAAAACAAGGCAAGCAAGAAGACAGUGGAGCCCCUGAAUGGAGUACUGAAAGUAAAAAGAAAACUGUCAGCCUAGAAUUCUAUACCCAGUGAAAAUACCUCUCAAAAAUGAAGAUUUUUUUUCUGACAUACAAAAGCUGAGGAAAAAAUUCUUUGCCAGCAGAUCCACACUACAGAGAAUGUUAAGGGGAGACCCUUACAGAGAAGGAAAUGAUACCAAAAGGGAAAUAUGGAUCCACACAAAGAAAUGAAAAGCACUAAAAAUAGCAAAUGCCAGGAUAAAGAAACAAGAUUUAUACAUAAAGCGCAGUAUGAAAGAGACAAAGUGGUAAAAGAAGAAUACUAUAUAUAAAACAGAAACAAGUGACUUUAAGACAAGAAUUCACACAGACGAAGAGAGAAUUACCAAUUUGGAAAACAGAAGUGAAGAAAUCUCUUAGAGCACAGCCAGAUAAAAGAGAUGGGAUGAAAAAUAAUUUCAAUAAGAAUUCUGGGAUAAAGUGAGGAGGACAGCAAGAAAACAUUUUUCAAAUAGAAAAUGACCAAGAAUUUUCCAGAAAUUAGGAAAUAUAGAAACACUGUAGGGAAACCAGGGAAAAUCAAGAAUAAUAACAAAUCUUAACAACAAGAGAGAGAAAGAACCGGUUACCCAAAGGAACAACAAUCAGUUUGAUAGCAGGCUUCUCAUCCACUACAACAGAGACUAAGAAGACACUGUAAGAGCAUCAAUGUUCCAAUAGAAAAUCCUAUGACCUAGAAUUCUAUGCCCAGCAAAAUUACAAUUUAAGAAGGCUCAUAAAGUUCUUGCUUUUUUGCAAAAAGAAAAAUGAACCCAGAAGGGAGGGAUUAAAUGCAAAAAAAUAUUGUAAGUUAAAGAAACAUUAAAACAUUGUGGUAAAUAUAAUUUAAUGUUGAGUGCAAAUAGUAAGAAUAAAAAGAAUACUAACCUCUUGAAACAAAAUGGAGUGAUCUGAGGGAGGGUUAAACAAGCUCAGAUCCUUGUCUGACUUCAAAGCAGGAUAAAAGUAGGAAUUAACUUAGAGUUUGUUAGAAAAAUACACAUUGGUAAGGAUAAUGUUAGGAUUGCCACCAAAAGAAUAGAAAUAGACUAUACACUUUCAAUAGUGGUAGAGGAAAGUAAGGAGAAUACAUUGAUCUUUAUCAGUCUGAGAGAAAAGAAAAUAAAAGAUGCAAAGAGAAUUCAUGGUGAGUAGAAAAUACAAACAAAAAAAGUCAGAAAGAAGCCCAAAUACGUUGUUAAAACAAUAAAUGCAAAUGGAUUUAAUAUAUUGAUUAAAAUACAAAUACUUUCCAAUUUGAUCUUUAAAACAAAAUUCAGGUAUACACUGUGUAAAACAUAAAAAUCUAAAACAGUGAUAUAGAAAAUAAAGUGAUGGAAAAAGAUACACCAGACAAAUAUUCACCAAUAGAAAGCUGGCAUAGAGAUUUUAAAGUCAGAUAAAAUGCAAUCAUUUUAAGCUUUCUUGUCCUUUAAAUUUUUAUGAUGCAUGGUAUGUUUAUUAUUCCAGCAAAGCUAAUACAGAAAUUGCUACCUAGAACUGGGAUGCUGCGAUACCAAAAUUUUUUAAAAGAAAAAGAAGAACAACAACAACAAAAAACAAAAUAUGUGGUAUUGGCUUUGGAAAUGGGCUAAAGAUGGAGUCAAGUAUUAUCGGAGGCCAGAAAAAUGGACACCUACAUUGUGCAGUGUUGAAACAUUUGGAAAACUGUCAUUUGCUGUCAUUUGGAGUACAGCUAAUAUGUAUCUAAUGAAUUUGAAAAUUAAAAUGAAGAGUCUGGGAAGUUUUGUUUAAAGGAAAUAAUUGAAUAUUUGAACAAAAGCAAUAAAAAUGAAAUGUGUGGCUUGUAACAUAUGUAAAGUAAACUGUACAUCAAUAAUAGCAUAAACAUCAGGAAGGGAAAAAUGGAAGUGUAGUAUUAUAAGAUACUUACACUAUCAUGAAGUGGUAUAAUAUCACUUGAAGGUAACUGUGAUAAGUUAAAAAUGGAUCACCACAUCAAAAACUAAUGAUGUAUGGUGACUAACAUAACAUAAAAAAAAAAACUCUCAAAAAAAAUGUAUAGUAUAAAUCCUAACACAAUCACUAAAAUAACAGAACAAAGAGUUAUAACCAGUAAGCUAUCUUAGUCUGCUUGGGCUACCAUAACAAAAUAGCACAGUCCGGGUGGCUUAAACAACACAUUUAUUUUCUCACCGUUCUGGAGGCUAGAAGUCCCUGAUCAAGUUGCUGGCAAAUUUCAUUUCUGAUAAGGUCUCUCUUCCUGACUUGUAGAUGCCUUCACAUGGCCAUUUCUUCUGUGUUUACACAGAGAGAGCUCUCAUGUUCUUUCCACUUCUUAUGAGGACAUGUUCUACUAGAUUAGGGACCCACCGUUAGGACCUCAUCUAACCCUAAUUACCUCCAUAAAGGUCUUAUCUCCAAAUGCAGUCACAUUGGGAUUUGGGGUUUCAACAUACGAAUUUGGGAGGGAUAGAAUUCAGCCCAUAACAUGAGCCAACAAAGGACAUAAAAUGGAAUCAUAAAACAUUCUCAGGUAAUCCAAAAGAAAGGAAAAGGGAACAAAACAGAAAAGAAAAAUAGAAAACAAAUAACAAGAAAAUAGACUCAAACCUUAUCAUAUUCUAAUCAUAGUAAAUUUAAAUUGCCUAAACAUCCCAAUUAAAAGACAAAGCUUGUCAUAGUGGAUUAAAAAAAAAAAAAGAAGACUCAACUAUAUGCUGCCAACAAGAAAUGCACUUUAAAUGUGAAUAUACAAAUAGGACUUUUAAAAAAAUACAACAUUCUAACAUUAUUCCAAAAGAAAUCUUGAAUGGCUACAUUAAUAUCAGCCAAAGUAUAUUUCAGAGCAAAAAAUAUUACCAAGAAUAAAGAUGGAUAUUUCACAAUGAUUGUCAGAAAGACCUAAAAACUCUAAACUCUAACGCAUGUAAUAACAAAACCUCAAAAUACAUGAAGCAAAAACUGAUAGAACUGCAAGAAGAAAUAGACAAAUCAACAAUUACAGUUGUAGAUUUUAUUUCUUUUAUUUAUUUAUUUGAGAGUGAGAGCAAGCAUGAGUGGGGAGGAGGGGCUGAGGGAGAGGAAGAAGUAGACUCCCUGCUGAGCAGGGAGCCCGACACGGGGCUCGAUUCCAGGACCCUGAGAUCCUGACCUGAGCCAAAGGCAGACGCUUAACUACCUGAGCCACCCAGGUGCCCUUUCACAUCCCUCUUUCAAAAUUGCUAGAAUAAAUAGAAAAUAAGUAAGUAUAUGGAAGACUUGAACACAAUCUACCAUCUUGACCUCGUUAACAUUUUUUUUUAAUUUUAUUUAUUUCUUUGAGAGAGAGAGAAUGACAUAGAGAGAGCAUGAGAGGGGGGAGGGUCAAGGGAGAAGCAGACUUCCUGCCGAGCAGGGAGCCCGAUGCGGGACUCGAUCCAGGGACUCCAGGAUCAUGACCUGAGCCAAAGGCAGUCGCUUAACCAACUGAGCCACCCAGGCGCCCAACCUCGUUAACAUUUAUAGAACACUCUACCCAACAAUAGCAGAAUACACAUCCUUUUCAAAUGCUCAUAAAAUAUUUACUGAAAGGGACCAUUUUGUGGGCCAUAAAAUAAGUUCCAAUACAUUUAAAAGGAUUCACGUUGUGCAAAGUAUGUUUUCUGCCACAAUAGAAUUAGAAAUAACUAGCAAAAAGAUCUCUGGAAAUUUUCAAGUAUUUGAGAACUGAAUAAUACACUUCUAAAUAACCCAUGGGUCAAAGUAGAAACCAAAAGGGAAAUUAGUUGAAUUGAAUGAAAAUAAAAAUACAACCUAUCAAAAUGUGUAGAAUGCUGCUGAAGAUAGGAAGAUGUCUAAUGUAGUGUUGUGGAAGUCAGACAGUCAAAAAUGGUGACCGUGAGAUCCAAGAUGUGAACAUGGGAAGGGACUGCCGAAGUGGAGUGAAGGAGGAGCUCAGUGGAGACGAGAAGGUCAACCAAGAGGCCAAGGGGCUGGAGGGGCUUCCCACAGGGAGAUGAUGUCAUUUGAGAUGAUGUCAUUCGAGGUGAUGUCAUUCCAGAUGCUGGCAGAACUUGGGGUGGAUAAAGUCACUCAAGAUGCUGGCAGAACUUGGGGUGGAGAGGGGAACUAUCAGCCUGGAAUCAAAGUCACCAGUAACAAACGGAAGGGUUUCUGGUCCCAGCUCUUUGUCUUUGCCAAUCACUUUGUCUCUCUGAGUCUCUGUUCCUUAUGUGUAAACAAGGGAGCUAUGAAUUUCCCCUCUCUGUUUAGUUUUGUAUUUUAAAUAUAUAUAUUUUUUAAUUUGAAAGAGAGACAGACAGAGAUAGCGACAGAGAGCACAAGCAGGGAGGAGAGGGAGAAGCAGACUCCCCACCGAGCAGAGAGCCCAAUGCAGGGCUCCAUUCCAGGACCCUGAGACGAUGACCUGAGCCGAAGGCAGACUCUUAACCGACUGAGCCACCCAGGCACCCCUAGUUUUAUAUUUUAAAUGUCUUAACAUAUGUAUAUAUUUUAUAAACCUCUCCAGGUACUUUUUUGGGAAAUGACAAGGUAUUAAAUGAUAAGUGAACACAUAAUCUCUUAAGUUCCAUUGAAACCCUGGCAUUCACUGAUCUAUGCCUGUAAACAACAUCAUCUCUAAAAUGGCCCUUGGAGCUAGGCAGCAGUAUCCUCCAGUUACUAUGGACAGUCCAGAGAGGAUUAAACUGUACGAACAAGUAAUCAACUAUAUAUGGACUCUUUAAAGAGUUCUCCUGGAUCUUCACAGCAUCAUGAGGCUGCCUCAACUGUCACAGUUACAGCUAGGCCUGAGAAACAGUCUUCUUGUACCCAGAAUGAAGAGGCCAGGAAACAGGUUCACUGGGUGGAAAACCAGGAUUUAGAGCUCCACACAAUUGAGCAUUCAAGCAGCUGUAGCUACAGACCCCUUCCACUGCCCCCGUAUCCCAUCCCCAUUCACCAUGAUUAUAAGGCUUCUGGAAAAUGAAAUGUAGCAGGAUGCCUGGGUGGCUCAGUCAGUUAAGCGCCUGCCUCUAGCUCAGGUCAUGAUCCCAGGGUCCUGGGAUCGAGUCCUGCAUUGGGCUCCUUGCUUGGCUGGGAGCCUGCUCCUCCCUCUGCCUGCCGCUCCCCCUGCUUGUGCUCGCACUGUCUCUCUCUCUCUCUGACAAAUAAAUAAAUCUAAAAAAAAAAAAAAAAAGAAGGGGGCGCCUGGGUGGCUCAGUCAUUAAGCGUCUGCCUUCGGCUUAGGUCAUGAUCCCAGGUCCUGGGAUUGAGCCCCGCAUCGGGCUCCUUGCUCCUCAGGAAGCCUGCUGCCCCCUCUCCCACUUCCCCUGCUUAUGUUCCCUCUCUCGCUGUGUCUCUCUCUGUCAAAUAAAUAAAUAAAAUCUUAAAAAAAAGAAAGAAGAAGAAGAAAGCUGUCUUGACAAAAAAGGAAAGAAAGAAAAUGAAAUGUAGCUUCUCCUCAUGGAAGGGUUUGAUCUAAUAUAGCAAUUUCCCCAGGAGGAGACAGGGAGAGAACUCAUUGUUCCUUGCCGUGUGUCUUCUGAGGAUCUGCAGUAAUUAGGAAGUCCACAGGACACACUCCUCUAUUCCCUAUCUCUGAAAUUUGCAGAUUUGUUCAAGUAUAUUUAGCUUUCUUUCCAUAUUGUAUCAAAACUGUUGGCCAUGUGCUAAACACAAUAAAAAAAAAAAUAGGUUAUAAGAACUGCCACCUGCCCUUGGAGUGAGGAGUGGAGGUGUUUCAGGUUGAAUGACAGUGCCAGGGGGUUGAAGUAGUCCCAACAGGGAAUUAACUCACAGAUCGAGAAUAGCAGAACCUUAGAUCUAGAAGACUCCUUCAUGAUUUUCAUUUUGUAGAUUAAGAAUCUGAAGCUCAUAAAAGUGAAAAAACUAGGCUUGAAUUCAUAUAACCAGGAGAAGCAGGACUAGUUUUAGGUCUCCUGACUUGCAGUCCACUCAGGCAUAAAGGAAAUACAGGGUCUAUGAGACUGUGGAAUAAUGCUAAUUUAAUAAAGCCAUGCACUUAGAAGGACACAUCUCACUUAUGUGGGUGCCAAGUACAUUGAUGAUGUAGUGAGGAGGCGGUUAAAUUGCAUCUUGGAAACAGUUUUUAGUUAGCUAGGAAAAACUUCAUACAAGAGAAUGGAUGAUGAGGGAGAAAGAAAGCUGAUGUGAGGAAUAGACAGACUCUCUGCAUGUGAUGAAACUUUCAAGAAAGGAUGCACAGUUGUGCUUGGGGCAAGAUUCUUUUAGCUGGAAAAGCCAUGUUAAUUAUAAAAGAAAACGUAUAUUCCUCCAUUAAAUGACACAAAUUUUAAGGAAAUGACUGUGGUUGAAAACUGGGUGAGUGUGUGGAAACCUAGUUCCUAAUUGUUCAGGAGGACUCCCUGGAGGAGAUAAACCUGUGAGGUUAGCAUGGGAGAGGGUUGGUUGGCAGAGCAAAUGAAUAGAAAGUAUUUUUCAUGCAUCCAGCAUGGCCUGAACAAAGAUUUCAGAAGCAGGAACAGAAGAGUUAAAACCAAUAAAGCACAAAAAGGCUCUUGUGGUUGGAACUCGGAAGACUGGACACUAAGGUCAGACAAAUGCAGGCUGGGAAAGGUGCAGGGAGUUAAUACUUACCAUGCAGGGGAGUCUCUGAAGCCUGACGUCUGCAGAGGGCUACAUUCACAUGGGCAGGCGGGGAUUACAGGCAGCAGGACUAAAGUUCAUCAUGGGGAAACACAGAGCAACCAAAGAAGAGACUGAUGGAGAUACCAGACUGCCAUGUUGGGGUUAAAGCAAAGUUGGUUGCUAUUCAUCACUACCAAACAGGUUUAAAAAAUCAAGACUAAUCCUCGAGAAGCUAAUUAUCCCAUCACCCACACAUGUCCUACAAUUUUUGUAGCUCCUACCAGGAAACUGUGUGGGUCUUUUAACAAGUAGGAAAGCAUCCGAAAGAGUCUCCUUAGUAAAUUAAAAAGAGAAAACAAAACCGCACAUGAUUGUACAGUCAAUUAGGCAGGUAGGGGGAUCUUUCUUCUUUUUUUAUGUUUUUCUUUAAUUUUUUAUUGUUGUGUUAAUCACCAUACAUUAACAUCAUUAGUUUUUGAUGUAGUGUUCCAUGAUUCAUUGUUUGUGCAUAACACCCAGUGCUCCAUGCAGAACGUGCCCUCCUCAAUACCCACCACCAGGCUAACCCAUCCUCCCACCCCCCUCCCCUCUAGAACCCUCAGUUUGUUUUUCAGAGUCCAUCGUCUCUCAUGGUUCAUCUCCCCCUCUAAUUUCCCCCCCUUCAUUCUUCCCCUCCUGCUAUCUUCUUUUUUUUUUCCUUAACAUAUAUUGCAUUAUUUGUUUCAGAGGUACAGAUCUGUGAAUCAAUAGUCUUGCACAAUUUACAGUGCUCACCAUAGCACAUACCCUCCCCAGUGUCUAUCACCCCAUCCCUCCCACCCCCCCCCCACUCCAGCAACCCUCAGUUUGUUUCCUGAGAUUAAGAAUUCCUCAUUAUCAGUGAGGUCAUAUGAUACGUGUCUUUCUCUGUUUGACUUAUUUCGCUCAGCGUAAUACCCUCCAGUUCCAUCCACGUCGUUGCAAAGGGCAAGGUCUCAUUCCUUUUGAUGGCUGCAUAAUAUCCCAUUGUAUAUAUAUACCACAUCUUCUUUAUCCAUUCACCUGUCGAUGGACAUCUUGGCUCUUUCCACAGUUUGGCUAUUGUGGACAUUGCUGCUAUAAACAUCGGGGUGCAUGUACCCCUUCGGAUCCCUACAUUUGUAUCUUUGGGGUAAAUACCCAGUAGUGCAAUUGCUGGAUCGUAUGGUAGCUCUAUUUUCAACUUUUUGAGGAACCUCCAUACUGUUUUCCAGAGUGGCUGCACCAGCUUGCAUUCCCACCAACAGUGUAGGAGGGUUCAGGUAGGGGGAUCUUUCAUGUAAAGAUGUUUUUAAGACAGUAAACUUGGAAACACUCUUGUAAGUAUUAAGUUUGUGAACAUUAGAAUACAUAAAAUGAAACAAAUUUGAGAAGAAUGUAUAUUUAUACAGAUACUCUCAUAAAACCUCAGUCAUCAUUGACCACUCUAGGUUGUCCCAUAUUUACUUCUUAUGCUGAUUUACAGCUUGUUUCGUAUCUUCUCUGUUAGAUGAGACUUUCUGGGCUCUGCUUAUGCCAGCAGUCCUUGAGUCUUCUAAGAAUGCUACGGCCUGACCUCUGAAAACUUGCCCCUUCCAUCUGUUCCAAUCUGUUCUGGUCAUUUGGCUUUUGGAACAUCCAUGUUGCAGGCAUCAGGCCUCAGAGCUCAGCUCUCAGAAUUGGUUCUGGGGCGUCCCCUCACUCCCUGUCUUCUUUUGUCAAAGAUAUAUGGUCCUUGGAUGCAAGCUGCUUUUGAAUUUCCUUUCCUUUCCGAUCAGAAUAGAGAAUCGUGGAGAUUAAAAACAUUUCCAAAACUCCCCUUUCUACCUUCAGAAAAUCCUCUCAUCUGUAUCAGUUAGGAUUAGAAGGCUCAGCUACACACAAAAGCUCCAAAUGGCACUGGCUUAAAUAAGAUAGAAGUUUGGGGUUUUUCUCUCACGUAGCAGACACCUGAGGAUAAGUAGUCUAGGACUGGUGGAAAAGACGCACAGCAUCAUCCGUACUCGGGCUCCUUCUAGCUCAUUCCUCCAUUCUUCAUAGGGUGUGCUCUAACUCAUAGUCCAAGAUGGCAGGUGUUGCAGGGGGUGGGCUGGGCAACAGGGAAGAAGAGCCAUCCCCCACACCCCCACACACCUAGGAGACUAGUUGGAAGCUGGCACUCGGGCUUUCAUCCCACUGGCCAGUCUGAUAACAUGGCUACUUUAGCUGCAAGGAGACCUGGAGAAAAUACUCCUUUACUAGGUGGCAAUGUACAGCCCCUCAAAAAAAAUGAGUCUUCAUUACUAAGAAAUCAGGGCAGAAUGGACUUGGGAGGCACCUAGAAUUCUUUGCCAUACUAUCUCGUAUUAUCAGAAAAAUAGUUAGUGGCAAUCCAUCGUAUAUGUCUCUAAUUCCCUCCUCCACAGCUUGUGCUUAUUUUGUACAGAAGAGUAUUAAUGUAUAGCAAAAGUCUCUUUGAGACUCAUAACUCCUCUCUCCCUAUAUUGUAAAGGAGCAUUGCUUUUUUCCCUCUCGAUAUAUAAAAUAUAUUUUAAACAGAUUAAUGUUUAAAGAAAUAUGAGGAAUUUCCUCAAAAUUAAUGAUGACCCAAUGAAAAGUCCAAAAUUAUAAACCAAUAAAAAGCAUUUAAAAUAUCCACUCCACCUAUUUCCCAGAAGUACUUGAGAAUUUAACUAAAACUCUAAGAUGAAGAAUUUCAAAAAUAAACAUAAGAGAGUCCAUAUGGAGGAAAUAGGGGAUGUAGAAGUUUCAAAAAUGUGAGGAAUCAGAGUGUAGCACUAUCUAUUUCAGCAAAUUUAAAUCAACAAUAAUUGAAAAUCCUCUCUAUAUAAACAAUUUUAAAAACAACCCAGGCUGUACUUUUAAGGCACUUUGAACCCUAUGGAAGAUGCAGGAACAUAGAUGAAUAUCCAAAGCAAAAAUGUGCUGUAGUGUGUACAAAUCACACUCCGCUAGAAAGGGAAGGAGGGAAUUAUUUGGAACUGCUUGUGGAUGGGUUCAUCUGAGCUGGGCAUGAAUGUGGGGAAGGAUUUCCAGAAGGUGAGAGGGGUGUGGCUUGGGAGAGAGAGGUAGAACCUCUUCUGGACAGAAAACACCAUACAUAUGAGUCAGGGAGUUGGGAACAUGUUGGGUAUGUUUGGGAAUCAGCAAGUGUCGCUGUGACUUGGAGCAGACGGUCAGUCUGGUAGCAGAUGAGUUGAAGAGAUUGAGGAAUUGGAUCUGAGAGGCCCUAAAUUAGAUGCUCAGUGUCUUGAACCUGGUUCCCUAGGCAAUGGAGGAAUAGGGAGAGAACGAAGCAGAGCAUGCUCACAUUUUAUGACCUCUCUUUCCUCAAAAAGUCAUGAGCAGGGCUCCUUACUGUUGAGAAGUUUGUUCGCUUAUAAAGAAUGUAAAAGGUUUAGAAGAAGAUCAUACGAUGAGGACUCAGAAAAGGAAUGAGCAAGGGGUUGUGAGCCAUCUGAGUCCCCACUACCAUGUUGGAAGUGAAUUCGUCUUCAGGUUUGCUGACAGCAAGAACAAAAUAGCAAACGCGUUAGGUUAAAUGACAUUUGGGGUUUUGACAAGUACAAGUACAGUAUAGUGUGUUUUUCUUAAACUGCAUGGAUUGACAUCGCAAGAUGUGCCUUCUCUCACUUGCCUUCUUUCAGACAGUAGGAUGAUUUUGAGUGACCUUGCUAUAGGAACCAGGGAAUGGCAUUGAACAGUGUGAGAUAGGGACAGAGAGAAGAGUAGCAUUUAUUACUCUUAGUUAAGUAGUCAAGGAGCAGUGGUCACUGGGUAGUAGCUUGUGGUCAAGGAGUUAAGGUACGAGUGUGCAUUGUGGAUAAGCUGGCUGACAUUUAGAAUAAGUUCUUAAAGCAGUGCUGGCUAUUCUGGGAUGCGGGGCACUAAAAGAAGAGAAUAGAAUUUUCCAUCAAGGAACUUAUAGCAAGAGACAUUUUUAAAUGGGAACUAAGAUACUGUGUCUGGAGCAGGAACGAGACAGACUUUUCCCUCAUUUCUUUCAGAAGGGUAUUGUAAUCUCAGAAUGGCAAGGAUAAAUGGGGACAUUUAAGCAGAAUGUCCUUCCAAGUGGCCAUCCAUAGCAGAGCACACGGUGGGGCCCCCAAAGGCCCCAGCGCUCGGUGGCUGCGGCUGAUCACCAACCACACUUGGGCUCAGUCCUCGGCCUUGGCCGCCACGGGACUCAGUGAAGGACAAGCUGUGAAUCAGAACACGAAGGCAGAGCUCAAGGGGGCCUUUAUUUGUAUUUUUUUCACGGACUGGCUUGCUCAAGAUCACCAGCCACGUAGGGGAAGAACCAGUGGCCGCCCAGACUCUUGACUCUUGGCCUAGGGCUCCACCACCAUCUCUACUGGGCUGUCCCAUGGUGUCCUGAGGGUUAAUGGAGUCCACCAUGCAAGUGCCACACUGUGCCAGUCCCAGGGGCUGAGCAUGUCAUUCCCAGAGAAGGGGGGUGGCAGGGAGGGGUCUGUAGCCUGCGGAUGAAGAGGUGCCGAGGGGAGCAGUCAGAUGGGGAUUUCAGGACAUCCUAAAAUGGCUUUAGAGGGUUUUAGGGGGAAAAAAAUCUACUUACCACCAUGUUUCAGGGAUAUUAAAAUGCAGGACAAACCACCCUCCUGCAUUUAGGCUCUCUGGGCCUUCUGGGGGGACUGAUAGAUUUUCUUUCUAAAGUGCAUCGAUCCUCUGAGGGGAAGAGCCCACAGUCAGAGUUCCAAAUCCUUUCCCAACGGAGGGACAAGAGGCUGGAAGCUUUAAAACCCUGAACACUGUUCCAUUAGAAAUGAUGAGCAUGGAGCGCCUGGGUGGCUCAGUUGGUUAAGCAACUGCCUUCGGCUCAGGUCAUGAUCCUGGAGUCCCUGGAUCGAGUCCCGCAUCGGGCUCCCUGCUCGGCAGGGAGUCUGCUUCUCCCUCUGACCCUCCCCCCUCUCAUGUGCUCUCUCUCAUUCUCUCUGUCCCAAAUAAAUAAAUAAAAUCUUAAAAAAAAAAAAAAAAGAAAUGAUGAGCAUGACAAUAGUUAAAUGAAUAACUCGUACACCAGCUCGUCAUGUGUCACUGAGGCCUGGGACCAGAUGCACCCUGCACACCUCCCGCAGGCAGAUGCUGCGGGGCUUAGGGCAAAGCAAAGUUGGAGGGGACUGUAAAUAAUUGGCCUAGAGGUUUUUUUUUUCUUUCUUUCUUUCUUUCUUUUUUUUAUUAUGGUUAUGUUAAUCACCAUACAUUACAUCAUUAGUUUUUGAUGUAAUGUUCCAUGAUUCAUUGUUUGCCUAGAGGUUUAAUAAGGUGCUGAAUAAGGAGCAGGGUGUGGCCACCAGUGUUUUUAUAAGAAAGCCUGAAAGAAAGAAGCCAGAGGAGGCUUACGUUUUCCAGAUUCUUUUAGAAAAAAAGGAAGAGACAAAAAAGGGGCAAGACGUCAAAGUUGUCUAUAUUUCUAUACUUUUGACCUUGAAUUAUCUUAAAUGUAAACAAGAUAAGAGGGCUGCCUGGCUGGCUUGGUCAGUGGAGCAUGCGACUCUUGAUCUCUGGGUCAUGAGUUCAAGCCCCACGUUGGGUGUGGAGCCUACUUUAAAAAAAAAUGAGAUAAGUGGGCGCCUGGGUGGCUCAGUUGGUUAAGUGACUGCCUUCAGCUCAGGUCAUGAUCCUGGAGUCCCUGGAUCGGGUCCCGCAUCGGGCUCCCUGCUUGGCAGGGAGUCUGCUUCUCCCUCUGACCCUCCCCCCUCUCAUGUGCUCUCUCUCUCUCAUUCUCUCUGUCUCAAAUAAAUAAAUAAACAAAUAAAUCUUUAAAAAAAAUGAGGUAAGAAAUGAGUCAUGCAAAAGAGUCCUUUUAUUUUUAGUCACCAUUCAGGCCCUUCUAGAAGAAGAAUAGGCCUAGGGAAGCCAUGUGUCCCGGUUUAGGCAUUAAGCAGUUUAUGGAACUAUUGUGAUUUUAAAGAAUUUGCCCUGUGGCCAGACUGUGUGUUCUGGGUUUUCGUUUGUUUGGGGUUUUCUAGACAUACUGUGGUAAUAUGGUCCUCAUCCGGGUAUGGUGAGUGACUACUUACGCUGCUAGCUGGGCAGAGUAGCUGAGAAUCUUUGAAUCACGCACACUUUCAGAGCGGGAAUGGGCCUUGGUGAUCUUCUAGUCCGUGCUUUUUGUUGGAGAGAUGGAGGAAGUUGCAGUUGCUUAUCCAGGCCACACAGCUACUAAGUGAGAGAGCUGGGAGCCGUAUCCAGCACCCUUCAUUGUUAGUCAGGAACUCCACACGCUGUCUGUCCCCGAGCUGCCAAGGGCCAUUUUCUGGCAGGUCAAGGCUACUCAGAGGGCACCAUUUAACAAAAUGCAGUCUUUUCUGAGGCCCUCACUAGUUUAUGCCCAUCACAAGUGACACUCAGAAGCUCACGAGCCUGUUCUCUAAUCGUAUGCCAGUCAAACCCCACAUACGUCAUAGUUGGUCUUUGUAUUUCUGUGAGCUGAUUAUACCUCUUCUGCAAGGUUUGGAGCAGUUUCUUAAAAACUGGGAAGUGGCUGGUUCAUUCCUAGCCGCAGCUCACCCCGCGAGGGCGUAGGGCUCCCGUCCUGUGUCCCGGUGCCAUGAAACACAGCUUUUGGUGCUGCCGUUGUUUUAUGCUGUUCAGUGGUCGGAAUCCACGAAGGCCUUUGUGUGUGUGUUUUGUUUUAACCCUUGUGACUCUUGGAAUUUUAUAAUCACACAGUUGUGGUUUUUUAUCUUUUGUAUCAGCUGUGUCAUCUCUAGUUAAUUCACUUAGUUGCAGGGUAAGAGCAGUCUUCAGGUAGCUCAAGGAGGAGAAUGGACGAGGUAGACUCUCAUGGCAAGCAAAUCCUAGCGGCCACGGCCGAUCUGGGCCCUGUGGAGCCAGGGCGUGUAGGACGGUCCUGGAUCCGGGCAGUUGGAGGGACCUCGCUUCUGGCUCCGCUUCAGGCCCCUCUCUCCAGGUCCCACACCAUGUAUGCCUUUUCUUCACCGUAUCACCGCCACUUGCUCUGAGCUGCUGUGCCCUCAUCAUCUUGGCUUUGCCUGUGGCCCGUUAGGGCCGGUCUGAUCUCUCUCCCCUCUUCGAAACCUUUACUGCCCUAGGGUAAGUGUAUUGUUCUCUUACUCCUUCCAAGUAAACAUUCUUGAAAGAUGGAAUCUAGGGCGCCUGGGUGGCUCAGUUGGUUAAGCGACUGCCUUCGGCUCAGGUCAUGAUCCUGGAGUCCCGGGAUCGAGUCCCGCAUCGAGUCCCGCAUCGAGUCCCGCAUCGGGCUCCCUGCUCAGCAGGGAGUCUGCUUCUCCCUCUGACCCUCCUCCCUCUCAUGCUCUCUGUCUCUCAUUCUGUCUGUCUCAAAUAAAUAAAUAAAAUCUUUAAAAAAAAAAAAAGAAAGAAAGAAAGAUGGAAUCUAAUUGGCCACACUCAUCUUUUUGCCCCAGGCCAUGUCAUUUGCCGCCCUUAGGGCGGCUUCCCGAGGGCAGACCCCCCAUCUGGUGCAACCACCUGCAGGCGCGGGGUGGAAUGGACUCGUGUGAUAGGAAAUGUAGCUCUGUCAGCCGCCUGGAGGAGCACAGCUUCGUACAGAAGGAGCCGUGGCCCUGCCAGGCCAUGUCCUCAGCCUGCCCAGUGUAGCACUCAGGCCAGCCCUCAGAGAGGCAGCUGACAGUAACGGAAGGUAGAACGUAGCAACUGAGAGUUCGUGGCUCAGUUCUCAGCUCUGGAACUUAAGAACUGUGUGGCUUUGAGCAAAUUACCAAAACUCUCUGAAGCCUCAACCUCCCAGCUGUAGAAUGGAGAUUCGUGAGCUUUUAGUGAAAUACUACUCAUAGAAACACACUGUGGGCUAUGAAGAUCACACCCACAGAAAGCAUAUUACCUCCUCGAGGCCCCUCCUGAGCGCAAAACUGUGCGUGCGACUCUCGUGUCUCCCCUUCUAAGUUGAAUAUCACCUCCCAGGACCCGGCUUGCAUCUGUGGGUUCAGGUAAUGACCGCCUUGCUAUCUGAAUCGGCAGAAAUACCCCCAGAGAGAUCGAGACUGUUACAUUUUACACACAGCUGGCCCAAACUACACUAUUCCUAGAGUGUUUUUGUUUUGUUUGGGGAGCACAGGGUGUGAGAGCCGGUGCCGCUUCGAGUCCUCUGACCCAAACCCACUUUACUAACAGCUGAGGAACUAAGGCUGAGUGAGGUUAACUGACUUGCUGAAGGUCAGUCAUAGAACCAGAACAGAACUCAAUUAUCUAUUGCUGCAGAACAGAGUACCUCAAAGCUUAACGACUUCGCACAACAAGCACUUGUUAUCCAGUAGUUUCCGUGGGUCAGGAAUCCAAGAGUGGCCUAGUUGGGUGGCUCUGGCUCCGAGUGUCCCAGGAGGUUGCAGUCAGGGUAACAGCCACACCUGUAGUCUCUGAAGGUCUGACCGGCGUGGGGUGGAGGGUGAGGGGUGCGGGCAGACCUGCUUCCAAGACCUGGCUGCUUAAGUGUCCUCACGACAUGGUGGCUGGCCUCCCCCACAGCAAGUGAUCCCACAGAGAGCAAGGAGGAAGCUGCAAUGCUUUUUAUAUCCCAGCUUCAGAAGGCACACAUCAUCAUGUCUUCCAGCAUAUUCCACUCAUUGGAAGUGAGCCGCUAAGUCCAGCCCAUGCUCAAGUGGAGGAAACCGAAGGGUGAAGUAUCAAAGGAUUUGUGGACCUGUUUUUGAAACCCCACAGAAGGUUCCUUUGAAUAAAUUAUUUUUUCUGCAAUGAGUUGCCCUAAGAGAUCAUGUUCUUCCCCCAGUUAUUUGAUGAGAGGUGGUUCUCAUUCAGAAGUCAUUAGCGGGAGGGAAAUUAAUUUAUGAGGAUAUUUUCUCAGGAGAGUAUUAAGAAAACCCCAGAUGCAAACAGGAAAGUAAAACAAGGAGGGAAAGCUGCAGGAAAAAGAGCACCAAGGGGGAAAAACAGAAGUAGGGCGUGUUAGAUUCUGACUUCUGUGGACACAGUUCUCUCCCAAUUCAGGAAACACCGUGUGAACAGAGGCUGACUAAAGUGUAUCUAGGGGCUGGAGUUUGAAGACACAGAGCCUCUAGGGGCUCCAAUUCUAGUCGCAGAGCCCCACCCAUAUGUAUAUAAAUAGCCCCUAUGUAAAUACGAAGAAGCUAAUGCUGAUGCUGUAAUAGAGGGAUCUAUGCUGUACAUCGGGAAUGUGUAGGGAAGGAGCACUUCUGGGGUAGUGGGGUUUGGAAAUCCUUGCAGAACCACUAGAUCCGCCCCCCACCCCACCACUACCCACACACCAGACCCCCUCUAUCCUUUCCAUGCUCUGUUUUUCUCUUUCACGCUUACCACUAUCUUUCCAAGGUUCUGCUUACUUUGCCUGUUUCUCUUGUUUACCGCCUGCCUCCCCUACAAGAAUGCAGGCUCCAUGAGGGUAGAAGUGUUUUUCUGGGCUAGUGCUGAACCCCAGCAGUUAACGGAGUACUUGGCACAUAGUAUACUCAACAACUAUUUGCUGAGUGAUUAAGUCAGGUAACUAAUCAGUACAUAAGGAAAGUGAGCUGGACCGUAAAGGAGCAGGGGAAUCUGGCAGGCGGGACCUGGAGGGAGGCUGUUCGUUCCAGGCAGACGGGACAGCUGACCGAAGGCGCUUGGAUGUGCAGAGCUGUCUGUGGCUACAGCCGUGGGCUGUAGGUUGCUGGGGCAGAAGGAAGGCCUGAGAGGCAGGUGUGGCAGAGGAUGCUUGUAAAAAGGUUAAGAUUUUUUUGUGUACCAAAGGGAUGCACUUAAGUUUGAAGGCCAGAGGUGAUGUCCGUGCUGUUUCCUUAUGGCCUGGCCGUAUUUAAGAGCACACACGCUAGGAGGGGCCCUACAGUUCCUAUACUAACUACUGAUUCGUUGCACAUUGGCCAAAAACUCUGACUCUUUUACUGUAGCAAACAGCAUCUCAGCCUUCAUUUUCUCUUUCUGGCAUAGGAAGAGCACAACUCCCUAAAUGUUGGGGUCUUUCAUGUUCUCCCUCCUUCGCCAGUGAGCCUGAGGUCAACAUUCAGCCCUUGGAGAUUCGGUGGCAUUCAUGGUACAUGCGGCUUUAUGCCUCGGGAAUGAAUCGUGAAUUUCUUGCUAUAAUUUCCAAUUUCCCUGAUGUAUAGGGUGUCUUAGUUUUCUCAAACUUCACUUGCUGAGAUUAAAAAAAAAAAAAUCUACAUUGCAGCUUCUAACAGCAUCUGUGUUGAAGUGUGAGCACCUCACAUAGAGACGCAGGGCUGUUCUGGAAGCCCAGUGGGUGAGGGACCGCUGCUUCCUGCCCUUUGCUGGAAGAGAAGCAGCCCCGGGACCGAGUUCCCAGUGCCUUCUGCUCAGAGGCAGGUUAUCUGGGGAUUGCAGUCUAUCCUGGCUGUGAAUCCAAAGGCAGAGGUCCUCAAUACGUAUUUGUUGAAUGAAUGAAUGAGUAACUUGAGGUCAGCCUUAAAAGAGAAGAAUUUCUAUGUCUGCCUUAGAUAACCUAGGCGGUCUCUCACCUUCAGAAACCAAGUUGGUUUGAAGUUGACCAGACCUUCCAGAAGGGGUGGUGUAAACACCGGAAGAGGAGUGCAGCUUGGUGCCUGGGCUGAGAGCUGACCGUCUCUCAUUCAGAAGUCAAUGUGUUACCAGGAGCUUCAGACCCAGGAAAGUGGGGAGAAGGGUAAAUGGAUGUCCAAGGUAGGCUCCCCUAUUGUGGUGCUGAGGGGGGGUGUGAUUUCCCACUUGUAUACCAACGUUUUCAGCUCAAGCAGGAGACUCCCCUUUUUUUUGUCUGAAAUACACCAAAUACAUCCCAAGGUUGGCACUACUAACCAUCUCUAUAAUUAAGAGCUCAUUCUUGUCCCUACGAGCUAAAAUGUAGGGCCUAGGAGCCUUUCCAUGGGUACAGUCCCCAAGUUUUCUGUUACUUGCGCAAGUGCCACCCAAAUUUCUGUCUUUUCCCAACGAUGUAAAGACAUCUGCUGUCCACCUACUUACUGCCACCAGGAGCUCCUAGCCAGGAUGGUGUGUGUUCCCGGGGCCGUCAGCUUUCUUUGCCAAGUCCUCUGUCCACUCCCUUUUUAUUCCAUCUAGUCAAGUGGGCCCUUCCUAGGUGCUAGACUCCUAAUCACAGGCAAAGGCGCACAAAGAAAGAAUGGUAACAUUUUAAAGAUAUCUAUAUAGAUGUUUCCUUUCUUUUGCUGAAACGGUAUGAAUGGCUGUGCAUGACCCCACAUUUGGCAUAGUUGAUUUAUAUUUAAAGGAAAAUAAAAUUCUCAUCUCUCCCUAGUCCAUGGAGGGUCUGUGAGCUUGACUUUGCAUUCUGCGCUAGCUGUUAAAUCUUAUUCUAGCCCAGACAUUCCAGUUGGACCUACAGUUUAAUACUCUUCCAUAAUAUUUAGCCCCAGUUCCUGCAGCUAUUAGAGAAAGCCAAAAUUGUCUAAUUCUGCUGAAACUCCACUGCUCAGAGCCACUGAAUACAGCAGGACAGUGGGACAAGGGGGUACAGAAGGGAGUGUCCCCAGUCCUAGAGACGUGCUAUACAGCAUUGCACCUGUAGUCCACAGUGCCAUAUUGUGCACUUAAACGUUUGCUGAGAGGACAGAUCUCAUGCUAAGUGUUUUCACUAUAGUAAAAAAAAACUGUGGGGCACCUGGGUAGCUCAGUCAGUUAAGCGGGUGACUCUUGAUUUCGGCUCAGGUCCUGAUCUCAGGGUUGUGAGAUCGAGCCCCGUGUCAGGCUCUGCACUGAGUGCAGAGUCUGCUUGAGAUUCUCUCUCCUUCCCCCUCUGCCCCUCCCCCUCUAGCACAUGCUCUGUCUCUCUCUCUCAAAUAAAUAAAUAAAUCUUUUUUAUAAAAUGCUAUGGAUAAUGGGUUGUGAUGGGAUAGUGCCUGGAAGGGAGUGUGCGUGAGGUUCAUGUUCUCUUCCAUGAUCCAGGUGCCCAUUAGGCAGAUGUGCUCAGUUUGAGAAAAUUUGUUGAGCUGAUGGAUGCACUUCUCUGUAUGUAUGUUAUAAAAAAUUUUAAAAUAAAAUGAGUAAUUUCUCUCUCUAAAGAAAAGACACUAUGUCAUGUACACUUAGUGACUCAGUCAAUCACACCAAAUAAUAAUGAAAGCUGGGGUACCUGGGUGGCUAGUCAGUGAAGUGUCCAACUCUUGAUUUUGGCUCAGGUCAUAAUCUCAGGGUUGUGAGAUCAAGCACCAGUCGGACAUUGCGCUCAGCGUGGAGUCUGCUUAGGAUUCUUUCCCUCUUCUUCUGCUCUGCCUUCCUCCCCCACCUGCACGCGCUCACACUCUCUCUCAAAAAAAAAAAAAAAUGAAAAUAAGAACAAUAGCCAUUAACUGGACAGCAUGUGCUUCGAAUGUGAUACAAUCUUUAAUCAAAACAACAACUCUGUUAUUACAGUACUUCAGUGUUUUUGGUGAGGAACUGAAGCAUAGACAGACCUUGUAUUUUUAACAUUUCCAAGGUAACAUAGCUAGUCAGUGGUGGAACUUGGAUUUGGUCUGGGAUGCUGAGUUCAAAAUCCGGCCUGUAAACCACUAUGCUGCCGUGCAGUGAACUCUUAGCCUUACCAGUUGCCCCCUACACCAUUGCCACGAAGACUAACUGAGACACAGGUUCUGAGUUAGAAAUACUGGCAUAUUGGGGUGCCUGGGUGGCUCAGUUGGUUAAGCCACUGCCUUCGGCUCAGGUCAUGAUCCUGGAGUCCCAGGAUCGAGUCCCGCAUCGGGCUCCCUGCUCGGCGGGGAGCCUGCUUCUCCCUCUGACCCUCCCCCUUCUCAUGCUCUCUCUAUCUCAUUCUCUCUCUCAAAUAAAAAUCUUUAAAAAAAAAAAAAAGAAAUACUGGCAUAUUUUUGGUAGAAAAAAAAUUCAAGAAACUAUAAAUUAUGAAGAAAAAUGCUACGAUGUCCCACACACAAUAAUUUUGUCUGGUACCAAACACAGAACUCUGGGAUGUCCCGUUGUUGAUACAAUGCCAUAGAAUAGGAGAAAAUUGAUAAAAUGAAGAGGGCAAUUUAAACAUGAUUAUUCAGUCGCCAAGCCAAAUAGCCAGGAAAUAUAAUGUUUUGCAAUAUAUACCUAUACACAAACCACCCAAAGUGAGGGAUCUGUCUUUCUGACUGUCCUAUAAACACACAGGACAGACAAGAUUAGUCCCAGAAAGAGGAAAGCCCUUUGUGGACACCACUGCCAAAGAACGUGUGAGAUACUGGGGAAUCCAGAGCCGUAUAUGACCUUUGACAGUGGGGAAGAUGGGGUCUGGAGAACAAAAGGGAAUCUUUCCGUUGGAAUGUUACCCAUCAACAGAAGUUCAGAGGCAGGGAUGCCUGGGUGGCUCAUUUGGUCACACAUCUGCCUUUGGCUCAGGUCGUGAUCCCAGGGUCCUGGGAUCGAGUCCUGCAUUGGGCUCCUUGCUCAUCAGGGAGCCUGCUUCUCCCACUCCCCCUGCUUGUGCACUUGCUUUCUCUCUCUGACAAAUAAAUAAAAUCUUUAUCCAGAGGCAGAAAUAACCAGGACAUAUUCAGGGCACCAUCCAAACACCAAACAGCAAAUCUAUUGGCGAGUAGUUGAACAGGUGGCUGGGGAGGAUUAUGAAGAGCUAUGAAUGCCUGGAGGAGGCUGGGAGAAUUUGAAGGGGCAGACAGGGCAAAGUCUGUGUAAAUUAUGAAAUAAUAGAGGACAUGAGGGUGGAACAUGGGGGGAGAGGAGACCAUGAGGAGACAGGGAGGUGGCUGAUGAGGGCCUGGAAUAGCAAGGGAGCUGUCCAGAAAACAAGAGAAAGAUUUUUAUUAACUUGGCAGGACUCAGUGACAAAUUAGGUGUAAGGGACCGAGAAAACAGUCUCUAACUACUGCUUAUCCAGAAGUGUUUCAAAAAUGAACUUGGAUAGGGAGGCGGUUUACCUGGGUUGAACCACAGAGGGGGAGCAGAGAAGGGGGACGAGGAGGAGGAGGGCUGAUGUACUAUGUGAUGGAAUGGCACGCCAGCCUGAGAACAGGAAAGACGGGGCCCUGACACCAACUAAUUUUGGGAUCACAUCACCUGCUUUCUCAUUUCUAAAACUAGGAAUUUCAUCCAGAAAACAUUUAUUGAGCACUUACCCUGUGCCAGGCAGUAAGCAAUUGUCGUCUGUUUCCCAUGUGGGUGGGCCAGUGGUGUGCCCUAUCCAGGGUAGGGUCCAGCCUUGGUUCUAGCAACCCAAGUAUGGCCAGUUCCUAUAGUAAAUCCUAGCUUUUGCUUCCCUCUAGUGGCCACCUUGCACCACUGAGAACUUUGCUUUUGCCCUUUGGUUCCUAGAGAGGAACCUGAGUGGAAAGUUAAGAGGUCUUUAAGACGGAGCCGAGUCAGAGAUAAUGCACACGGUCAAGGGAACAGUUAGCAAGCAGAGUCCAAAGGGCACAUUCUGAUAGUUGGCAACCACACGGGAAGGUGGUGGUAAGAAAGACCCAGUGUCGUGAACCAGACAUGAGACGGGGGUGCCCGUCAGUCCCAGAGAAAAUGAGCCAAGGGCAGCAGACAGCAGAAAAUCCUGUUAGGACUCACUCAGUAAAUGGGUGAACCUGGACAAGGAAGAAGUGCGGGUCGCAGAUAAAGGCCCUUCUUCACACUGACACGGCAAGGAUAGGAUCGGGGAUAAGGGAAAGUCUGUAAUUCACUGGGGACAAAAGCUUGACAACUUUCAAGGAAGACACUGUGAAGACUCUGGGAACCCCUGCAUUUGCGUCUGCUCCCCUCCUCCUUGCUGGGCACGUGUUCUGGAUCAUUCACCUGGACAGCCGCCGUCUCCUCCAGUCCCCACUGCCAGGGUGGAACCCCACGGUUGGGGAUGGCCAGGACGUGGUGAGGCUGAGCAGGCUGGCAUAGGACAGGGCAGACGCUCCGGGCUCUCACCGGCUGGUGGGUUAGCAGGGGAGUAGUUCUCACCAAGUCUCACAGCCCCGGGCGGGUGACAGAGCUUGUAACAUAAACAGCUCUGAGGCCAGACAGCCACGGCAGUACCCAGUGGAGCAGUCUGGUGAGUCGGCAAUGGGAAGAGCAGAUCACUUUCUGAGGGACCCCCGCCUCAUCCCCGGGGCCAGCACCCCACGCUUCCCCUGUUGUCAUGCUUGGGGUGUUUGUAUGAUGUUCCCCAACGGGACAGUAAGCUUGGUGAGGGCAGGGCCGUCACCACUGUCUGCUUCAGCCCUCUCUGCCCUGUGCACAGCUCAGGGGCUGGCUGGUGAGUAAGCAAGUAAGUACAUGGGUGACGUAACUGGGUUAUUAAGACUUGAGGUCCUGCCUUUGUGAUUUGCUGCUGUGUGUUCCUGAGCAAGAUAGUUCACCUCUCUGAGCCUUGCUUUCCUCUUCUGUAAAAUCAGAUUAUAAAAUGGGGUCUGUGAGGAUCAGGCUGAUGUCUGUGAGUCUUGUAAAGGGUCAUACAAGUGUGCAUCAUUAUCUUAUUCUGCUUGAAAAUGGGAAAUUAACCAGAUGUCCACUGGCAUCUCUUUGGGCCUGGGAGACAGUGACUAUGGGUGUUCGCUUUCUGAGUCAAAGCAUUUAGAAUGGGCUGCUCCUGUAUGUGCAGUUGAAUUCACCCCCAGCUGCCAGCAGCCAGCUGGCCCCUUUUCUGAGACAGGUUCCCCUCCCGGGCACUCAGCAGCACACCCUUGAACUUCACCUGUGCCCUCUUUCCAAUUCUGGUCCCUGCCGACUGUGCUCAGAUGACAGAACAAUAAUCAGGCUGACUGGUAUUCUCUGGUCAACCAGGGGGUGGUAUGGCCUCCCUCCAGGGAUGGUUUUGCCAAUUUUCUAUAUGCGAGUGGAUAUCUCAAACCCCGCCCCACCCCCCAUCACCUCAGUAUAAACAUGUUAUGCACCUGGUCUGGCAAAUAGUUCCAAGAAAUCCUUCCCAGCCUGAUGUGGUCUCUUGUUUCUCUGGAAGCCCUAGUGUGGGAAAGAAGGGACGUUCAUAUCCAUGGCCCUACAAAGGGAAAUUAUAGCCUAAAUUGUACCCUAAACCUUUUAACCCUGGGCUUGGUCCUAUAUGGUUGCUUUUAUUUAUUUUUUCCAGUCUGCCAGUUUCUCCCAAUAUGUGUCCCUAAGGCUAGCUUAGGAAUGGAUUUCUGUACCCUAGGCACACAGUAUUGGCGCAGGAAACACGCCCUGGGUAUGUGCCAAGUUAGGAUGACUGGAUAAACAAUAGAUAACAUUUAUUGAGCAUGUGAUGCAUGUCAGGGUUUACCUGUGUGAAGUCACGGAAUCCUUGCAAUGAUUCAUGUUUUCUCUAUCUUAUAGAUAAGGAAGAUUAGCCAAAGAGAGGCUAACUAACUUGCUUGAGCUUAUACAGACAGAAACAGUGGAGACAGAUUCAAACCUAGCAGUCUGACUCCAGACCCCAUGACCCACAGAAUGGAAAAUGGUGACCCACAUCUGAAUACCUGAGGUUGCAUGACAUGGUACACUUCUUUGAAGUCCUGUCUGGUCUUUGGCCAGAUGGCCCCUGGAGCUCAACUUUUCAGUGUUGCCCAACUGCACAGAGGACAAUUGUGAGAAUGCCUGAGGGCAGCCCACGGCUUCUUCCCUCUCUAUACUUGCAGAGAAGCUCUUUGUACUCCAGGCUUCUCCCAGCCACCUCUCUCCACCCUCUGCUGUACAUCACCAUGUGUUUUCAGCCCCAGUCCCGUGGGCUCUUUCCUCUUUCUCAAGCUCUGGUGUGUGUUGCAGGAAAGUGCCCAGGUACCUACAAGUAGGACAUCAGUAAAGGCAGCCUCAGGGAAGCACAAAGGAGCCGGGAGACACACCCCCACCCCACCUAGUCAGAACCCUUAUCUCCAUACAAGGGAUCAAGGUUGCAGAGGCCUCCGCUUAUUGGCCGGCUGUGCAUCCUCCCAGCUGUGUCUGCUGAUCGCUUGUGCCUGGCCUCCAUGCUCUCGGAAGCCUGGACAGGGAGUACAGAGAUAAGGAGCAGACAGAAUUCGCAGUUUUCAUUUCCUCCCUCCCUCGCCGGGGAGCUCGAACCCUCCAACCAGCAUUCAAUAAAUUCUUGUUGGAUGAAUAAGUAAAUAAACAUUAAGUUAAGCCGAAUCUGAGACCCUGUAACUUCCACUCCUGGUGUUCAUUAUGCCCCGAGCAAAUCCAGUUCCUCCUCUGGGUGGAUGGCGCCUGUCUGCUAGGAGCCUAGGCAUAGUAUCCAUGAGCUCUGUCCUUGUUCCUACCAAACUGUGCUCUGUGUUUGUCUCUCACUUGGAUGAACACAUUGAAGUAUAAAUUUCAGGUUUGCAGAUGCCACAAAACUGGAAGGAAUCACUAAUCUGAUAGAUGAGAGAGUCAAGAACACUACGCUUUAGCUAGAAAUUUGAAGUUAACACAGAUAAAUAGAAAAUUCUCUGAGUUAAAGCCUCAAGUAGAGAAAGGGAAGAAGUUCGCUUGAGAAGACCCUGUGAGUCAGACUGGGGUCUUUAGGAGGCUGCAUGCUCAAUAGAAGCCAGCAAGUAAAAGACUCUCAGACCACAUGGAUGGAAGUACAGUGUCUCGGCCUAGAAGUGAGUGCUUGGCUUAGUCUGUGCUGGACACACUAGGUCUAAAGGAUUGGAUUCAGGUCUAGGUGUCCCUAUCAAGAGGGACAGUGACAUACUAAGUUCAUCCAGAAGAAUAUGAUGAAAAUAGUGGAAACCACACACUUGAGAGCCAUUUGAAGGAACGUGUGGAAAAGAGAAGACUUAAGGAAUUAUCCCUCUAGUCUUUACAUAUGUAGAGCUCCAUGGAAGAAAGGAAGAUUUCUUCUGUAUUACCGUAGAGGGCAACUAAGAACCGUGGAUGGAAAUUACAAAAACAAAGGAAAUGUUCUGAAUACCUCAGCUCUCCAUCAGGAGAGAAGAGUGUCAUAACACAGAGAGCUAGAUGUCCUGGAAAGGGUCCUGCCUUGAGUGGGAGAUUAGAGUAGAAGCUCACAGAGGUCCUGGGUGUCUAUGAUCUGUAAUCUUAGCUGCCUCUCCCAGCUUCGUGUUCUCUGCAGCUUUGUCAAGCUUUGGAUUUGAAAAUCCUCUUCCCACACUGACCCCAAUCCGUAAUCCGUGUAUCAAUACAUUCGGUGCAAGUGUGGACCUAGAGCCUUAUGACAUUAAGGGGGACAGCGAUCAUUAAUUUAGCAAAGUCUAGCGAGAAGUAUUCUGACCCCAGAAUUUGAAAACCCAAGUCUGGUCUUGGCUCUGCUAUAUUGGGGUCCUCGGUUUUUCUACUUAUGAGUUAAGAGCAUUGGAUAAUCCCUGGCUUAACUCAUUUACUUACCCACUAACACAUUCAUUCAUUUGACAAAUGUUUAUUGUCUACCAUCUUUCAAACACUAUCUUCCUUAGGUAAGUCCUUCCUCUUUGGGGGAUUAAUUUCCCUCUUCUGUCAAAUCAGGGGAUUGGGUUAGAUUGGGUUAGGUGAACCCCAAAGUCCCUUGCACCUCAGCUAGGCUGUGAACCCACCCUCAGUACCAUCACCUCACCACACAUUUCAUAGCUUUGACUAGAACAUUUUCACAUAAGGCCUGGACGAAUGCUUUGCUAAAUAAAAAAAAUCCAUCUGGGCGCCUGGGUGGCUCAGUCGUUAGGCGUCUGCCUUCGGCUCGGGUCAUGAUCCCAGGGUCCUGGGAUCGAGUCUCGCAUCGGGCUCCCUGCUCGGCAGGAAGUCUGCUUCUCCCUCUCCCACUCCCCCUGCUUGUGUUCCCUCUCUCGCUGCCUCUCUCUCUGUCAAAUAAAUAAAUAAAAUCUUAAAAAAAAAAAAAAGAAAAACCAUCUUGUGGUUCAGGCACUCCUCAAACCUGUCUACCUAUUAACUCCUUUUUUUAAAAAGGGAAUGAAGGGAUUAAUUUUAAUUUGUAUCUACUAAAGGUAUAUCACAUUAAGAGAAACAAAAAAAGAAAGAAAGAGGCUAAAAGAGAAAAAUCCAGAAGCCAACAUGCUAAUCCUAAUGGUUGCCACUCAGUGAAUGCUUCCUGAGGCAAAUCUCUGAGACUUGAACGUCUGAAAGAGGCCUUUCAUGUACUCUCAUCUUGACUGACACUUUGUUUGGACACAGAAUUCUAGGUUGGUAAUGAUUCCCACUCAGAAUUUUGAGGGAAUUGCUCCAUUUUCUUUAACGUUCCAAGGCUGUUGUUGAAAACUGCUGUCAUCGUGAUUCUUGAUUUUGUUGGAUUUAAUCUGACUUUUUUUUCCUCCUCUCUCUCUGAAAACUUUUAGAAUGCCCUCUUCACUGCCGAUAUGUCCUGACCCCAUGCUUUAGAGUGGGUCUUUUUAAAGUUCAUCACAGUAGACACUUGGAACAAUACGUCAGCUUGGCAGUUUGUGCCUUUCAGUCCUGGGAACUUUUCUUGACGAUUUAUUCCCUUUCAUUCUGUCUGUCUCAUACUUGUUGGAUCAAUUCUUUAAUUUUCUUACAUUUUUGCUCUUAUUUUCCUCUCUCACUGCUCUUGUCCUACUCUCUGGAAGAUGUCUCUGACUCUGUCUUCCGACCCAUGUAUGUAUGAGAUGUUUCAUUCCCACCAUAGUUGUGAUUUCUGAGAGCUCUUCCUCAUUCUGAAAUGUCCUCCGUCUCUGUAGCAGCUUGUCUGUUUUCCUGGAUAUAAAACCUUUCUUGCGUCUCUGAGGAUAUUACAGUGUUGCUGAAGUGUGGUUGUCCUGCCUGCCUGUUGUUUCCUCGGAGUGCCUGAUCCUUCUUCUUUGUUUAGUUUGGUCUCUGUCAGAGGGGCUAUUCUGCAAAGUCUGGGGAUCUUUGGCCGGAUCAGAUUCAUAUUUAUGAACGA